AUGACGCAGAGGACGUGCGGCCGCUGUAGGCAGGGCUCCUCUGCUGUUCUCCGGGUAAGCUAAUUCACCUCCUCACUCAGUGGGUCGACGCUUUUCUCUUGCGCACAUGGAUACACAUCCUCAAAUGUGUUUGAAUGCAGUGUUGUUGUCUUUUAAAAGUCGUCUGCUUGUUGCUAUCUUUCUUGGUACGUGUCAAACGUAACCAGACGCGGUGCCAUUGCCCACAUGGUCGCUGGUAAGGCGAAAAUGCUAAGCAACUGCUCAACACUCCUUCCAGCCUCUACAGACACGUGAUGUUAAGGUUGAAAUGUGAGGUUGGGAAACAACUAAAAACAUCUUUUACCAACAACGGCCACUACCAGUGUAUUAUUUUUUGCAUACUGCGAAGAGUAAGCUCGCCUAACACCAUACAUUUCCUUUCUUUUCUUGCACCAGCCGCUGAUUUUUACACGUUUUUUAAAAUGUAAUUUAUCUUUAAAUAACUUUAUCACUGAGUAGAUUUACCAUUGUGCUCUCCCACCCACACCUAGCUUAAUAAAAGCAGCAAAGUUGUCAUGGCAACAAAAUGAGGCAGAGGGGCAACGUUUGCUAGGGCCCUUGUAAAAACACCUUCUCCUUAGGUGACUUGAUCAAACCCUUGUUGUCCUGCCUCUUUAUUGACUCAACUUGGGAAAUGGUUAUAACCCGGUCUAAGAAUCUGGCUGUUUAACAAAACUACAGUAUAGUUUUUAUAGUCCCAAGAAUCAGAUAGAACAGUCUAUCUAACGAUAUAUAUAUCAUUAGAUAUAAUCACCUCCAUUCUUGGGAUCAACCCUUGUAACUGUUGAAGGUGAAGGCAGAUAAAAAUAAUCACGAAAUGAGUCAUAGGUGAGAAGUGUUAGAAUCUCAUACGCUUCCAUUAUUCAAUUUCCUUUGCUCUUUGUGAACGAAUAGCUCAAUCGACCCAAAUGGGUAUACUUUCUUAACGCUGAGAUGCACACAUCAGUAAUGUGAUAAUAAUGUGUAUCAAGAAUUACUUUUGAUUCCAACAGAGAAGAGCCGCAAUAGCUCACAGCCAAACAGCAAUCAUGCACUGUCACUCAUUUAUUUUUAUUGCCACCUCUUUGAGGGAUGUAUUUUCUUGCUGCCAUUCAGCAUUUGCCUCGCAUUCACAAAUUCAAUGGACAUGCUGAAAUUCCUUUAUCUCCUACACAUAUUUCUCUUCUAUUAGUACCAAACAUCACUGACUGAACUCUAAUCUUCAAUGUAUCUUGUUGCCAGGAAACACCUGAAUACCUAUCUAACUAUGUGGCAUGCAGUUUGCCUGGUGCAGGCAGUAUUAUUCAUGGAAAUGCAAACAUAUUGAACAUGUCAGCUGUAAAGGUAUUAAUUGUUGGUGUUGGUAGCUGCAGUCGGUGUGUGAAAAUAAACAUCUUGUAUCGAACAGUCAAAGUCAUGUGUAAUGGUAAUUUUUUAAAUUCAAAUUUAUGUGCUCUUUUGGCCUUUCUACCUAACUAUACAAGAUUAUAUCUCAGUUACAUCAAUAUCACAGUUAUUUUCAAGACAGCUUUCACCUGUUUGAUGUUAAUGACUCUCAUACUGUCUCACUAGGAAUAUCAAAAUAUUUACCUGUGGACUGCAGGAUUACAAACUCUUUGCUGUUUUUUUCUUUUUUUCCAGAUCAUUAAAAGGAUCAUGAUUUUCAACAUGUGCGUGCGUUCCAAUGCGAUGCUAAGGAAAACAAAUUUAGCGGUGUGGAGAGCAUGGAGGUCAUGGAAGUUAAGACUGCAGUCCUCUACAGUUUGUGCAUACUCCGGUUCUGGUCCCCUGGAAGGAUGUGAAGAGGCUGAAAAGCCUCCUCACACUCCUGUCAUGCUCAAAGAGGUGCUUCAUUACUUAGAUAUCCAACAAGGUCAGGUAAGUUAAUAUCUUAUGUAGUUCCUGCUAACGCUUUGAUGUCUUAAUGGAAGUUAAUGUCUGUCUGCGUAAAUUACCAGAAUUUCAUUCAAACUGAAAAGAGUGCUCUUGACAUAUUAAAACAAAGGUAGUCGUGUCCUUUGUUUUUCUCAUUGCAAUUAUUGCUAAAGUGAUUUUGCCCAUUGAUGUAUUUCCACUCCAAAGCCCCUAAAUAUGUUCAGGCUGUCUGCAAAACUGAUGCGUAACUGAUUGAUUUUCUAGGAUUGACCGUCAGGUAUUGUCACCCAGUUUGUCUUAGUUGCUGUGAUAAAAGCUUAGGUAUGCCAACUUGUGCUGAGAGGUUAAGACUAUUGAGUUUAGCUUCUACCAAGUCUUUUCAGUGAUAACAUACAUGUGCAAUUUGAUCUUCAUCUAAAAAUAUAAAAUGUAAGCACCCUUUAAAACAAGCGAAGAUACACUUCAGGGUGUUUGUUGCACAACUAAAAAGUCUGUAUUUCACAUGGUUAUGUUGAUUAAAAAUAGCUGCAAACAAGCUUUUCACCAGAUCUCUCACAAUGCUUCUUAUAUUUCUUUCCUGUUAUAUGUGUCAGAACAUUCGGAACAUCUAUUAAUAUGAUACAUUAUAAUGCAACACCACCACUAGCCUAAGCUCAAAAAGUACUGCAACACCUCCCUGAUAGCAACAGAUACAGUGGGGGCUUCAGAAAGGCAAGAUGUAUUGUAACAGAUUUGUAACAAAUACUUAAAAAAUUAAAUAACACCCGUGUUGGAAAACAGUUCCCUGAAUGUCUGCCUGCCAACACCUCAGUAGUAUUUCAUUGCAUUUUGACGAUAACUGUUAAAAGUGACCCGUUUACUAAUUUUUUGUUUACUGAGAUGUUUUCUGCCAAGGCACAAAUUGUCUUCACACACUAUAUAACGACUUGUUGUUAUAAAAGCACACAUGAUUUGGACAGGGUGCCAGGAGCUUGGCUUUUGCUUAAUGUAUACUACCAGGACAGAUGGGCAUGAGUCAAAAGCCUUCUGGCAUGGCAGGCAGCAUAGGAGAGAAAGUAAACCCCCUCACCCCCCCACCCCUAUAUAAUGCAUGGUCAAGACAGGUGGGGGCUAUGGGUCAACAACUUAGUCAGGAUUUGCGCCACUGUAAGGCUGUUGGCAGGACACAGGGUGCUGCUUUGCUCCUGCCUGAACUUUAGCACCUCUAAACUCCUCCGCUGUCCGCCCAUUUGCCAACUGUCCCAAGACAGCUUGCCAAUCAGAUGCUAUUAAAAACAGUUUGAUGGAUUUUGUUAUUUUGUUCAGUACAUGCUGUGGACCUCACUUUGUGUGACGUACUGUGGAAAAUGCUGCACGUGAACAUGGAGAGUCACGUUUCCUAUGUUGUUGCACUUUUGAUUUAUUUUUUAUUUUUUUAUGUAAUGACACAUAUGUGAUGUUGGAGUGUCACUGAUUCUAUAACCAUGGCAACAUUACAGCCUUAAAAGGGUGCUGACACAUAUUACACAAUCAUAUAACUCAAUUAUAACCUGAUUACUGAUAUGACUCUUUGACAGAGCUGCCAUUUAUUCAUUCAACUCUGCGGUGGUUGAGUGAUGGUGUCAGUAACAGAUCAGUUGCUGUUAGGAGGGGGGAAAAAACACCCUCAAUGUCAGACAAAUGUCCACUUAAAUCACAGAGGGCAGUGAGAUUAAUCAUGUGAAUGGCUAUUGUAAAAUAAUCAGCAACAUGUAAUUGCUCUCGACAGCUGAAGCAGAGUAUGUAUGAAUGGAGUACUUACAAGAUGAUGGGUGUCAGUGCAAUUGCUGCAGUUACACUAAAGUGUGUAAAUGGAGCCUUUCAGUGCCCUGCUGCCUCCCACACAGGAUGUCUGGCUGCUAAUGUGUAUGCAGGUAGCUAAUUUGCUUUGGUAGCCUACACUCUGUUGUCACGGUUUUACAAAUAGACAUCAUGCUUGUUGUAACUGGAUUUCUGGUUUGUUGUUACCUUCACCAACAGCGUAAUAGUCAUGCGUCGAAGAAUUACAGAGCUCACCACUGAUUGACUUAAAGGUCUAAUGCUAUGAACUUCAGAUUUUUCUGGGGAUUUGAAACAACAUAGUGGAACAGGCUAAAAAUUGUGCCAGGAUUUUUUGUAUAUCUUUUCCUCAAAAGAUAAUCUUAUCUCAGUUGAAGUUGAUGGAGAUAAUCUCAUAUGUUUUUUAAAUCAAUUCAGAAAUCUCGACCUCUCUGAACAGUAACCUUUACAGCUAAUCCUUGGUUAACUGGAUCACAACUUUAAAACCAGAAUAUUGACUUUUUUGAAGAUCCAGUGUACGCUCUAAUAUCUCUAAUAUUAAAGGGAUAUUUCGGCGGUGUGACGUGUCAUAUCAGCUGACCGUCCUGUCAGUUUUUUUGAGAGAAUGAUCACGCCUCCCACUGUCUGUUCGCCUCUGCAGGACGCUGCUCCAGGUGUGUGAGAGCAUGUAUGCCCCCUCAUCCCUGCUCGUCGUCCCUGGGCCGCAGUGGGAGGUGUGACCAUCCUGUCAAAAAAAUUGACAAGAGGGUCACGCCUUCAGAACAACAGCUAAUAUGACCACCACCUACCACCUACCACCAAGUGACACAUCUUAGGAAGGCAAAAAUUUCCACCAAAACAUGCCAAGGUACGUGUAAAAGAUUACGUGUCUGAGAUAAAGGAAAUAAAAAGAAAACUAUUUCUAAGUAACUGAAGACAUUAUGAACAUCAUUCAACCAUCCUCAGCUUUGAUGAUGGGAGGAAACCUGUAUUGAUGCAUGGUGCCCUUUAGAAUAAAUUGUGAUAAAUUUUAUAACCCACCAACCUUCCGCACCUCCAUGAGGUGGUGGAGUUGAAAGUGAGAUAUUUAGACAUAUUGGCUUGAUUCUCAUUAACUUUAAUACAGACACUCAUGGUACCCUCAGGAUAGAUUACUAACUUAGAUGGCCCCUUAAUGUUCACCAACAUUAGUCCAGUCUUAAAUAAUUUAAACCCCUUUGUAAUAGUUGCAAAAUAAUAUCUUAUAUUACCAGUCUUUUUAGAAAAUUAUGAGUUUAAACUGUGCAUCAGUAAAAGUUUGCAGUCGAGUCAUGACAACUUAGUUUUCUGCAGUUGUGUCAGAGUGGAAGGGACUAAACUAGACAGUUAAAGACCAAGAAAAUGAGCUUCCUGUGAUAACAAAGCUCAGUGGAUUGGUGGAGCCCCCUGAAAAAAUCCAGUUUCACUUGAGUUUUAUAUGCUGUAUCUGUCACUGCUGUGAAUAAGCACAAAAACAUCAAUUUUUCUUUAGAUGUUCUUUGUUGAAUGCUUUCAUGAAACCUCCUCUUCAGCGCAGCAUUACUCAUGGUUAAGUAAAAGCAUUUUGCUGAAAAAGAUGAAGCAAGAGGAGUCCUCCAGUGGCACCGGCGUCUUACGUGGGGGACCUUCUCUACAAUAGAUUAAUGAGCCAUCAGCUGAGAGUCCAGGGGAAAAACCCUGCGCUGCUGCUGUAGAAGCAGAAACAAGCUGCCUACUCCUACAUUUCAGUCUAAACACACACCCCCUUGUGGAGUUAAUGAGUCCGUUGAGUGUUAAAGCUGCUUUUUCUGAUCACUAUCACAGUCUUUCAAGAAUCAACUCAUAUGUAGUGUUAUCAGACAAAUAGUUAGUGGCUGGAUGGCCUGAAAAGAAGUUUUCCACUUUAUUUAAAGAUUUACAAAGUAUUAUGAAACAUUUUUUUCUGUGAUAUAUCUUGCUGAAAUGUAAGCAUUUAAUUUAACUAUCACUACAAUUUAAUUACAGCUGGGUCUUAAUUAAAGCGGCACCAUAUGGAGAAAAUCUACAGUGUACUAUUCCUUUAUUCAGAAAUGGGAUUACUAUGUGAAUUUGGCUUUGUCUGAGUGGCAAAAUCAAAGCCAUUUGGUGGCCUUAGUAUUUAAAAAAACAAACAACAGUGAAAAGGUCAGAUAUUUUUCAGGAAUCUCCAAAGCACUGGAACUAAGUCAGUGUCUGAGUUUAUUUUGAGAGAAACACCCGCACUAAUUCCUUCCUCUUCAGAAAGCAGCUGGUCACUACCGUUGAACACCAUAAAUAGCAUAAGCCAGACUAGACUCAUGAUGACGAUGUAAAGCACAAAAAUACAAACAAAAUUAAAAAAAAAAAUGCAAACCACCAAUCACAGGGGUGGCAGCCUCUUAAGGCCCUGAACACAACCAGCUUGGUCCAAUGCUCCAUGUUUCAUUUCCUGUAUUAUGUGGAUUAUCUGAGUGGCUGUAAUUUGGACACAUGAAGAGACACUGUGUUCCAUGGAUAGAUGACCACAAAACACUCCACCAGCUGCGCCUCCUCCUUUUUUUUUUCCUUUUUGCAUUCUUAGAUGCAGCAUAAAACAGAGACAUGGUGAAGCACUGUAUGGUUGGGUGACAUAAAAAAGGAUUUCAUCAUGAAUACCUGUUUUUAUGUGCCAUCUCCACAUUUUUGAAUGUGGUUUUGGAGAGUGUCAAGCUCUCGCAGGUUUUCAGGGAAGAAAAUUGCAUCUGUGUGUAGAUGUGGCGCAGAUGUGGUGAACUUGAUCUCGUCUCUUUAUAUUAAAUUGGCCUGAUCUUUGGCCAUCUAAGGUGAGAAAUGACUCUCUAAGUGUACACUGAACAUUUUUCUACAGGGCACUUUAUAAGCUUAACUUGUAAUUUGUGCAAAAUGAUUAAAAAACUUAGAGACAGCAAUUGAACAGCAUUUAAGUAAGUGCGGGAUAUGCGCUGCCACUGAGAAUUGUCUCUAUCUUUUCAAAUGUACACCGAUAAAAAAAUCUAAGAUUCUUUUUUCACUUCAUCAGUAUUUCUUUACUUUUAUUCCCAGCAUCAGCCAUCAGGUGAAGAGCUAUUGUGACUACAAGCAAAGGGGUAAUAUGAUCUUGUCUCUUCAAAUUAGUUAAAAGCCUUGCAGGUGCUGUGUGGGCCUCAGAGCUGAAGUUAAGACUGUCUUUAGGAGUAAAUAUGAAGUGAAGGGAGUGACAUUAGUCUCAUAGUAAGGAUGUUUUCUUUUGCAUAUUUUCUUCUUGUAAAGAACAGUGAUCGCAGGUGCUUUAUGAAUGAAGUUGAUUUUUUGUUAUUUUGUCUAUAUACUAUUUUCCUGUGAGCCUCUCCUUUGACACACGAUUCCUCGUCUGUUUUUUAACCACUUUAAAUUAUACAAUGCACUUUUCUAUUAUCUUGAGUCAUUUUGGUUAUUCUUUAAUUGUAUCUUCAAACUUAAAUUUCAGCUGUAAUCACUCGCAUAUCUGAAGAGACUGAUAAAAAGCCUUUUAUUUUGCAUCAAUCUGACAAUACAAUUCUUCUGUGGUCAAUUUUUAAAGAUGUAUCCGUCCCAGACAAACUUGUCAGGCUCACAGAGUAAACACUGUUAGUUAUACCUGGAUAGAGUGACCUGUAAUGUUCUCUAACUUUGCCACCACAUCCUCUUCUAGGUCUUCAAUGUAUUUUCUUUUUUCUUUACACUCCUUUUUUGGGAGCGCUGAGUAGUGAAAGAGGAGGCUGGUAAAUAAUUGAUUCUUGUAAUUAAACACUCCAGCCAGGGAUGCUGGGGCUGAUUGACGGCCAGAUAUUAGGCCCUUGUCUCGUAAGGUUGCAAGUUUAGUCUGAGGUUAUCAGUGGCCAGAAGAGUCUUUCUCCCUCCCUGCCUCAUUACUUUCAUGAGUAGAACAUUUCAUAGUGGAGUGGUGGGUGGGGGUGGUGUGAAGACAGUCUGGGACUUCAUUAGCCAAAUGGGGUGCCUCAGUCUGCAGAGCGCCAAACCGUUCAGGCUUGCUGGGCAGACAACCCAAGUGUGGGUGCUUCACUACACCAACCUGUAGAUUUGUCUCAGCCCUUUCAUCUUCUUUAUUCUUCAGCCUCAAGUUCCCUUGAACAACAGCCUUUACAUAGAACAGAAAACAUAAGCCUUUCUCAGUCUUCCUGUCUUAGUGAUCAUUUGUUAGCUCAAGCAAACCCACCUCAACCCCCUCAAUACCCCAAACUAUGUUUGUUCACCAUAUUGUUACAUCCAGACUGAAAUCCUUACAUAUUAAACUGUACACUGCCUUUAUACAACAGUCAGUCCAGACAAAGAGCUCUGAUUGGAUAGGAGGCAUGACACAAGUACUUAGACACAAUAUAACAUCACUGCAACUUUGAGCAUGAAUGUCACGCCAAAGUGCAUGAAAGUAUUGAUGUUUAGCUCAAACAGCAAAGUCCACUAAAUUUUAGUCAUCAUAGAUUAAUGAAUGAUGCAAACUAUUGAAACUCUAUUGUUUUAGAGAUUUUUCUCUUUUAUAACCUGCUUGUGCAGCUGUUAUAUAACUGUGAGAUUACGCUUAUGUUCUGCUGUUUUGAAGAACAUCAGCAUCAGAUUUCUCACCGGUCAAGUGGUGAUGAUUUAUACUAAUUUAUUCUAUACUGCCAGAAAAAGCUCGAAUGUUUCACUUAGAAUAAAUACUUUCCCAAAUGUUGCACUUUAUUAGUGUUUCAUUGACUUUUCUAUAAUAGCAUUGACUCAGUCUCUGACUCUCUCCCCCUCCUUCUCUUCUCACCCUCUUUCUUUCCCUCCGUGUGUUUUUUGUGCGUAUACUCGUCUCCAAAAUCUCUUUACAACUGAGGCUUACACAUCAAAUCAAAUAACAGUGCGUGACACAGGGGUAAACCUGGUGAAGAAGAGCUGCAGCAGCAUCAAUUACUGAGAGUCAUAUUUGCAUAUUGCCUCAAUAACUAUUAUUUUACUAUGAUUUCGUAUAACUCGAUACUCGUAUGCAUCCAAUAUCGCUAAACAUAGUAAAAAUAAAGCGAAAUGAUACUAUUAGUGCAGGUUUUAUUGCAAUAUUUGCAUUUGUUCCUGGUGUGUGCGUGUGGGUAUGCUAAUCAGAUACAUGCCCUGUGGACAGCUGGAUUUAGAUGACUCAUUCCUGCAUCACAUCUUCAAUCAGUGUUUGUGUGAGGUCCAACUGAAUUAUCUCAGUGGUCUUUCUUUGAAAUAUGUUCAGGAUAAUUAGAUAACAAAACAUUUGUCAUCUAGUCUUGUUUCAAUUUAUCAAUGUUACACUUGAUUUUGAUGUUUUUUUUCAUUAGGUGCUGGGUUUUCCACUUCUUCUCAGGAUGUAUUAAGAGACUAAAAAUGACAAUAGCUGAUGGCAACAAAUGCUGUUAUUUUCAGUAGAAUUAAACUGGCGUAAGGUAUGGUUUAGCAUCAAUGUUGAUAGAAAUGUCUAUAAUCUGUUGUUCCUUUGUGAUGAAACUAAAAAAGAAAAAAGCCUAGAUGCUAUUCUCAUGCACAAAAUUAAUAUUUGUCCAGAAGUUGAAGCCCAAGCUUGAGUCACGAUGGGGCAUUUUCAGUAGGUCCAAAAAUACCCUCUUUUAGGAAUAGCUUUGUCAGUCUAUGUAUGCUUCAUUUCUUGCAUCAAAUUAUGUUAAAAGUAAUCUCUACCCACAGAAAUGCUUCUACAUCUAAACUGUCAAGGCCACAUAUAGUUCACAUUUUAGAUUCGUGAUGAAGCUGAUGAGCAUACAUAUACUGUUUGUGUAAAGGUCUCAGAAGUACAAAUUGCAAAUGAUAGCAGCAUCACAAUUCAGAAUUGAAAUCAUCCUGAAUAUAAUGAAUAAAAUGCGCAGACAAGAGCGUGUUUAUUUUUUUGAUGAUAGCUUUCUUGCUGCACAAUGUUUCCUAGCUGAAUGUCAUUCGGCAAGGUGAUAACGUCAGCCUGUCAAAUCCAAGCAAGUCACAUGCAAAGAAGCAGCUCUUCUUCUUAGUUAGAAAGAAGGACAAAAAAGUUAAGCUGUGAAAUUUUCAGUGACAAUUUCUCCAGUCAAAACUGAGGGUUAUAAGGAGUUUAAAACAGAUGUGAUGUUUGCGCUGUCACUUAUCCUUUCCAGCAUGUUACUUCAUGUAAAGGGUUUUUAUUAAAGUGCUGUUUUCAUGAUAAGUCGGUGUUAGUGAGCCUUUUAGUAUCUAACAUUACCCAUAUUCCUAGCAGCAUCCAGAUAAAGUGCUGUUGUUCUCAGCUGGGGUGCUCCCACUCCUUGCCUACUGUGUUUCCUGACUAAUUUGGCGAGGAAGAGCAUGUCCGCUCGACACUACAUGACACUGCUGACCUAAGCCAGCAACACGAGUUUCCUCGCUUCCUUCUCAUUGUUCCUACACAGUGUCCACCUCCACAUUUUAACCAGGGUGUCCUUGGUCGGUCUCACUUGGUUUAUAUAAACGAUCUUGUAGAAAGCUUGCAUAAAAUCGGUCUAUUAAAUACUUGCUUGGUUCUUCCUGGGCUGUGUCCUUUAUCUCUUUCUAUUCAGGAAUAUGAAGGAAAGCCUUUCUGAGGACUUUUGAAUUGAUUCUCAUCUGACUUCUCACAUUGCUGGCCCCAUCUUGUCGUCAUCACACAACUUUUAAACAUAACUCUUUAAAGGGCAAGUAGUCACUAGCUCAGAACACCUUCAUCUCUUGCUGAUGUGUACUUGAAGGACAAAUGUUCACACUGGCAGCCAUAGUGGAUGUAGUGAAUUUCAGCAUCUCUGUGUCAGCAACAUACUGCAGGCUAUCAGCUCUUGCACACAUGCCUACCUACCCUCCAGGUAGCCUUAGGCUCCUGAGACUGACCACUAUCCCCCUAUCUCACUCCCCCCAACCCAAAGACUAAGAAGGCUGAUGUUAAAGAUUGAAGGCCGGAGCCGGCUGAUAGUCAAGGCAGCUCAAAGUCUGACCUUUGGUCAUACCUGCCUUUACAAACUACAGAUAUGUAGAUUUCAUCCCCUUGAGCUUUCAGCUUAGAGAUGGACAUGAUCACAAUACAGACAGUGAGACCACUGAGUUGAUCCAACUCUAGAUGGCCUGGUUGCAGAUCCAUAGACUGAUGCCAACAUUUGUUCUUUGUGGUAUCUUUCCUUUAUGCAACGAUUUGCUGCUCCAAGGAGCCACACUGUCUGACCUGACAAAGAGGGACUUUGGUGGGUAUUGGACACAUCUUUGGAAAUACAUACCUGCAUCUUUGGACAUCUUUCAUACAUUGUCUACAGAAGAAUCAGAGUUGUAUCUUGAGUGGUAUCAAACUGAAAAACCAGCUAGCCACUUUAGCAAAGAGAACAAUCAGAGUGGCACUGCAACAUGCGACCUCCAAUUUUUUAAUGUAGGGCAGCCCACUGUUGUUAGAGGUCAGACAGGGUUUAGGCAUGAGUCAUCAUCAUUCCUUGUCUUUGUUUUAGCAGCUGUGAUGGUGGGGAUGCGUCAUCAGCCUUACAUUUACCUGGUUGUUAUUUUACAUAAUUGGCCAUGUUUUUCAAGCAGGAGUCCACCAUGGGUGUCCUUUUUACUGAGGCUUAUGGCACACCCUUGUCAUAACUACUGGAGCCCCAAGGGAAUCCUGCUUCCUGGUUUUGGAAUAACUCAGAAAAAAAGCAAAUAUCCCCUCCUCAUCAAAUUAAAACAACAAGUAUCAGAACGGAUAUUGUAGCAAAACUAAAUGGCAAUUCUGGCCCAAUACAAGCAAACAUGUGAACAUGUUUGGCCACCUAUUGGCUGAGACAAUGGACACAAUUAAGGACAACAGAAAAAUUCAACACAUUGUGGUAUGUAUGCGGUGAGUCAGUGUUUUUUACAUUAAGUACAAACAUUGGUUAACUGAAGAUAAUAUAAGUCAUGGAAAGGCUAAAAGCAACUUCAUCAGCACAGCUCUGCACAGCGUCCCUGUGAAACCACCCCUCCCCCAAGCAACCGCCACUGCCCCCCAAACCAUUCCCUAGUUCCUUUCACUUCAUAUCAUUGUGUCAACCCAGUAUUCAAACUACUGGAAGCAUCUUCUUAAAUGCCUCUAGAUCUCUUUUCUCUAUUACCAGGCCUCUCACCGCGGAGCCUUCAUUUAGCUUGACUCCUCUUUGCACUCCUUAAUGGACUUGGCCCUGUUUUUCUUUUGUCUUCCUUUAGUACCAUGAAAUUCAGCUUCAGGAGAGGAAGCCCUCUUUCCUGAUGCUUCUUUACAUUUUGUGAAUAUAGUAAGAUGAUCCCACCCCCUUUUUUUCCCACUUUCUCUCGGGCUCUAUAAAGUUAGCAUUGUUUCCUCAGCACACUGUAUUGACAUUGGUGUCACUCUUGAGAGAAAUCCUUCAGAGCAGUGAAGAAGAGCAAUGAAGCAAGUAAUCAUUUUGAAUAGAUUCACUGCUUCAUUUUUGACCUUAUUUCAUGUUUCCGGUUAAAACAAAGCAAUAGCCUUUUGGCAUUUCUGUCUCAGUUUGUAGAAAUUGCUUUCUACUCGAUGUUAACAGUCCAUAUUUUGUUUUUGAGCAAAUUUGUAGGUGUGUCAGAACAACAGCUCACAAGGUCAGACAACCAGAUUGAAAACAAGACAGUUGAAUCGCCUCUUGAGGCGGUUCUUUUGUGAGAACAACAGCAUUGGGAGUUUAAACUGCCUAAAGCUGCUUGUGUUUACCUUCAGUCCCAAAGCUUUAGGCAGUGUGACAUACAGGGCAGCUAAAUCUUUGGGGAGGAGUGGCAUAAAUAUAUAUAUAGAGAGAGAUACAGUGUGUAGUGUUUUCUUGGACAGCUGAGAAUAGGGUUUGCAUCUCCUCAGUUGUGACUGUGUAAUUGUGAAUCAGCUGUUUCCUGACCUUAACAUCACCACAUCUCCCAUUUCAAUAUUUGUGUUGUCCAUUGUCAGGCUGGAAUACUAACUGGGGCUGGGGAUAAAACGAUAACGAUAUAUAUCAAAAUUUAAUUUUCCUCAAUAUUGAUGUGAAACAUAGUCAAUAUGCUUUUUAGUCGGCAUUUUGCCAUGUUUUGGUAGACUAUACAAGUAGCCAAUGAAAAGGGGAGUUGCUCUGGGUCUGCUUCACGUUGAACCAAUCAUGGGUUGAAAUAGAACCAAGUAGAAAACAGCUGCGUCGUAGCAGGCUGCAGCUACAUGCAAUGUCGGUGGUGUGGAGGUAUUUUGGUUUUUUGAGGUCGGACAUGGAGCAGAGUAAUGUGCCUGCAAAUAAUGUCGGGGUCAUGUUCUCGCAAAGUCGGGGAAUACCUCAAAUCUUUCACCACCUAAAGCAGUGCCACGCGGCAGAGCACGCGUAAUGCCAAAGGUUACAAACCCCCGGGUGGAGCAAGGAGCCCAUGGCGCCUGUGCAGCCGAAAUGGCCGACCAUUAUGCUUUCUCUAGCACAGCACCUUACAACAAAACGUCGAAGAGACACAAAGACCUCACAGAUGUAGUAGCUUAUUGUAUUGCAAAAGACAUGCUACCAAUCAGCACUGUUAAAUUUCAUUUUUUAUAUUGUGAUAUAUAUCGAUAUCGACUGAUAUGAAAAAAAUAUAUUGUGAUAAACUUUUUCCCAUAUCGCCCAGCCCUACUAUGAAGGUAUAAUUCCUCAAACUUUAACCACAUCUAGGUAGCUGUAAGGGGGUCAGGUUACUAUACAUAGGCAUGUAGUAUGUGCCCAUAUGACGGUCUCUAGUGUUUGAGAAAGAGUGAAAACAUUUAUGCUGCAAACUAGAGAAGUGGCCUUCUCUGUGGGUGUUCAUUCACAAAACACUUAAAGGCUUCAACAGAGUGAAUUUGCAUACAAAAUCCGGAGAGCUUUACUGUACCCUUGCAUAUGUUUUGGUUUAUUCAAAUAGAGUGAGCAGCCUGUCAAUGUCAGACUAAAAAUUUAGUGUGCACCAUAUUCCUGAAAUGUGAGUGUGUGAUUGUCUUCACAAAGAUCCCCUCCAGACACGUCAUAAGACAUGAAAAUAUUCCGCUCGAUAAAAUGCUUUUUUUCUGAUGCAGUUUUUCCACUAGAAUGUUGAUUGACUCCAGUCAGCGUUCUUGAAACUACAUCCUACACUUUUAUUCAAAUCUCUCUGCACUAGUAAUCCGCAAAUAUCUUUCAUUCAAACCUUUAAAUGUCUCAUUGAAAAUUCAAUUUUCAGCACUUGUCUCCUGGAGGUAACAUGCUUCAGCUUUGCACUUGUGUAAGUCUCAUAGAGGACCACAUCGUCUCAAGGCUAUCUGUGAUGUCACGAGCCCUGCUUUGUCAAACAAACUCCGAUUUAAAGGUAGUGCAGAGAUUUUUUUUUUCAGGGUUCGAGUGUUGAACACUCCCCUCAGUUAUGACAGUAAAAGGCAAACAGCCAAGGAACACUAAGCAAUGCUCAUUUUUGAGUGGAGGGCUUCAGUGGUCUCACACAAAUGCUGCAGUGAGCUUCUUUUCUGCUUAUCGGAAAAACAAAUUCAUGAUGCAAUGUAAGAUAAGUUACAUACGGUCUGCUCAGGUAUGAAUCAACAAGCUCAGCCCUGACAAUUGUGAUUUGAUUGGACUAAUCAAAGAAAUGAUGAGGAUUUCACACACUGCAGCCCCCUGGCCCUGAUUUUUAACCCCUAACUCACCUGCUACACUGUGGGAAACAUUAACAUGAUCAUCAUGAACGAGACUCCCAGAGCUGCAUAGCACAGAGGCUGUGUUGAUGUAGAGAUGUAUUUCUUUGAGCUUCUGUGCUGAGUUAACAGAAGAAUCUUCCAUGUGGAUCAGGUUGGAAAAAUUCUUUCUGCAUAUUUAAGUGAUAAAUCAGAAUAUGUAGAAGAAAAUGUAUUUAAGGGUUUCUUUGCUGCAGUAGACCUGGCACACCUUUGACGUGUGACUGUGAAAAAACACUUAACACUCACGCUGUUGUGACAUCUUGUAGUGACGCAUUUUUAAUGGUCACUGGACCUCUAUUGUGUGACAUCUGCAAAUCUGACACAUUAUGCUACUCACAAUAAACCGCUUGUUCAGGUCUGCAUCCUGUGUUAUGCAAAAGUGAACCUCUUCAUCAGAGGUAAUGUAGCUCAGUAAAUCUCUAACCUGCAAGACAAAAACAGACAGUUUGGCUGGGGGGGUGGGGGUGGAGAGUGAUGACUCAUGCACACAGUACAGGUCCCUCCCUUUCUAUUCCUUUCAGUAUCCAAUCAGUUCUUCUCCACCUGUCACUCAUUGCCUCUGAAUUAGAUUCCCACAAUGCUUUACCGUCCCCCUCUAAAUCUCUUUAUUUGUAAAGGUUUAGAACCUGCAAAGUAAACAAAAAAGCCAUUAAAAUAAUUUUGACAAGCAGAUUGUUCCUCAAUAAUGUGAUUGACUUACAGUGCCCAUGAUAAUCCUCCGCUCGGAGGAUGUUUUGGUCAUAAAGUGGCUCCAAAUUCAGAUGGGAACACGUGAACACGUUCCUGCAUCGCCUCAGAAUUCAUUCAAAGCUGAAACUUAAUUGAAUAGUGCCUCAAUUAUGAUCGUAAAAUUGAUGGCCUUUAAAAUAGCUUCAGAGAAAUCUACGGUCAUUUUAUCAUCUAGAUGUUUUCAUAUAUCCUGCAGAAAUCAAACAGCCCAUAAAAUGGUAGAGCGACUAAUCGUUACCUGGGGUUGCCCACGUACAGUAAAUAUUGAGUUAUUGGCUCAUGGUUUCUGAGAAGUUACAAGUGCCUGCUAUCCCUGUUCCUCCAGGGAUCUCCUUAGCUCCACUAUGGCGUAAGAGCAGGUCUCAGGACUCCUUGAAGUGGGCGGAUGCUUGACAUGAGCUUUAUAAGCUUUAUGAAGAGGAGGAUAGAGAAGGGGGUUUUCCCUUUUGCAGGAAGGUUUUUACUAAAAUAUAAAACAAAUGUAGCCUUAGAGCAUAGUACAGCUGCCGUGGCAUUAUCUGUAUAUCUUUUUGAAGAAAGGAAAGAAAUAGAGAGCCAAAGAGAUUCCAGCACCUCAAAAUUAAACACCAUAUCAUGUAAUAAAAUGUGCUUGAGAGCAGGUUAGGUUUUUAAUGGCACUUGCAACAUCUAGACCCUAAAUAACAUGGUACAAUUCAUCUUCAUGUCUUCCAUUACAACUACAGGAUCUACUGCAACUGUGUGAUUUAAAGGAAUAGUUUUAAAUGCAGUCCUUUCAAUAAGACAAACAACCACCCAACCAUCCUUUCAAUAAGCAGUCAUUAGGGCCUCGGGCUUGGCAUCUUCCUUCAGCGACACUGACCUGAAAUGGAGAUAAAGUGAUAAAUAAUCUGUGCUCUGAAGGGCUGACUGAUUCCUUUGCUGUGAAACAAAUGGUUAAGCUGCAGAAAAUCUGGGUGCAACAAUGUUCCCCCAGCACACUGAUUGCCACACAACAGUUGUUUGUUUUUUGUAUGUUUUAUGAAUUAGAACAGUAUCAAAUGAACUAAAGUCUUUCUCAGACACACUCAUGCCUAAGUGGGUCCCACUGACAGGUAGUGGGGAGAAAUAUGAAAAUUUGGGAUAACUAACAGAAAUCUGGGCUCCUCUGUUCAUGCAACUUUAUUGGAUUAGCAAAGCCCUGUGAGCAAAAAGAACACUUUUUCACUUGAUUUCAGAGGCUGAGACGAUGUGAUGCUUUGCUGAUCUCGGGCAUUGUCGAUUUUCUUGCCGUGAGCGUAUUAACACUACCUGACCAGCUACAUAAGCUUAUAUAAACGCCCAAGGCCUCAUCAACACAGAUAUUAGCGAAAAACUCAUGUGAAUAACUUUAUCACAAACAUAAUACUGUGAUAGCGUAGUCAUGAUUAUUUUCCUCCCCUGUCUGAUGCACAUUUAUCUUUGAGUAAAUCUGCGGUCUUGAGUAGAAUAAAACCGCAUUAUCAGUGAUAUUAAACUGCUCCAGAUAAGAUUUGUGCAUUUAAUACUGUGGUUCAGUGUUCAGGUUAUAGCUUGGUUACUCCUUUGUGUGACCAAAACAUGCUGGAUUUUCUCAAGCGGUAUCCAGCCGUAGUUUAACGUUUAUGCAUUAAGCUUUGUUCAUUUCUCUGAGAUUUCUGCUGCCAUCCCUGCAACAAAACGUGAUUGGGGAAUCAUGGCUGCUCAUUUCCCUAGUGUCUUUUGACAACAUUUCUAGAUGCCCUUAGAUCAGCACCUUGGACAGCAACAAUGACAUAUUGGGUACAGAGUGUUAAAAAUGAUCCAACUCCAACAUAUCUAUGCAAGUUUCCAAAAAAGUAAUACACAAAGCAACAAGCUUCAAGUUUGUGGGAUCUCAGUCUUAUGUCCAAUUUUCUAUCCCUACAAAUGAAGCUGUGUUCUUUCUUUUUAUGGAAGAUAUCUUCUCUGCAAAUAAUAUAUCUUGUCUGAUUUUUAGAUGCUAAAAAUCUGAAGCAUCUGAUUUUUAGAUGCUAGUCAAUGGACCAUAUUUGUGAACUAGCCUUACUCUGCUUGUGGUCAAGUGUCAGCUGCUGGGAAUUUGUUGAAUUACGAUUUUGAGUUCACGGCAGUUUUAGUUUCUGCUUGUGGUUGCCCAUCCCAGUGCCUGUUAAAACAGCUUCAUAAUGCUGAAGGGCCUUAUGAUUACAGUUUAUUAUCAAAUCCCCAGAGUAUAGAUGCUUUGCAUUUGUUUCCUAGCCAUCCAUAGAUUUUCAGCACGUCUGACGGUUAGUAGAAGUUUCUCGUUUGAUCACUUGUUGAUGAACUUUUCUCUGCUCAGCUUUUUUUUCUGUAUGUUUCAUUUUCAGUCAAUGUGGAUUUUUUUUAUGCACAUCUACUAUAAUAGACAACUAAAGGUUGCUUGUAUAGCUGCUGCUAAACCUUGACUUGGCUGAACAACUUGAAAUGAAAAAGUCUUGGCCUUCAUCCCCCCUACCUUUAUUCUGUGAAAAAAUGCAACUGUAUAAGAAAUGUAGACACGUUCUGAGAGAGCAAAUGAAAAACUCGAGAGGACAAAAGGUACUCUUUGUAGAUCCAUCACUUUACACAGAGUCAGUUUUUACAGCUUUUAUUGACCUAUACAGUACUUUUCUAACACAAAAUACCUGAUAAAAACCAACGAUUUCCAUCCUUUUCUGCACACAUGGUUAAGAAAUUGAUAAAUGGUCGUGUUUUUACGAGUUUUUCAAACUCGUUCCUACAUUCAAAACAAGGUGACACCAGAAGGAACAUAAAGACACUCGCCCAUGUCCAUGUGUUUCGUCACAGCCCAGAUUGUGCCUGAAAUUUGCUAUAUAUGGUGUUUGGAGACAACAUGACCAACUACCCUGACUAGUCAGCUUCCUGAAAUUGUUUAGAUAGUUCUCCAGUAUGUCCUCUGUCUUGCUCUACACUCUGGGAGCAAACACAUCUUUGGACCAGUAAUCUAUGUUCUGGGCAGACCAAUCCAAAAAAGGGAUGCCUCAAGAAAAAGAUGGAGCUCUAACUUCAACUUUCCUGGAAGGACAGAAAGCGAAGGAGUAACGUAUACAGUAGACACAGAUGGACUUCUCCCAGUGAAGGGCUUUUAGAAGAUGAUCACCAAGUUACUCUCACUUCUGGUGUCUGUGGCUGCACCCUUUUCACAGUGUUUACACUGUAUCACAUAGCUUAUCCUUGUGAAUUAUGAUGGGUUUACAUAUCUACUACAAUUUUCAAAUUUCUCUGUGUGACUCGUUUCCUUCAAGGGAAGGUGCUCGGCUUGCAGCAGAACCUUGUGGUUGCUUCUGUUAUAUGUUUGGUAUUGGUCGGAUUGUGAUCUGUUGCUGAUUAUUCAAGAAUAGAAGAACGGACAUAAUAACAAGACAUGUUUAAAGACCGCUUGUUCGUGUCUGGUGUUUUUUUUUUUUUGCUGGUAUUUUAAAUCAUUAAUAAAGCUUAAAUCCACAUUCGCAACUCUUAACUUUGGAAAUAUGUGUGAACACGUCAGUAGGAUUCAUAUAGUACCCCAGUGUGUAUCAUCAUGCCCUCAUUAGGUUUUGUUUGAUCAGCAGGAGUGUUUACCUUUGUGCAGCCGUUCUACCUGUGUGCACACGCAAGAAGUUGUGGGAGCAUUUCAUGAAAAAAACAAACAGUGUGUACGUGUUUCCAAGACCUAACAGAAACAGUUCAGUGACUGGCACUGAAAUUAGACAAACGAAAGACAAAGAACCAGAAUAGACUCAUAGGUGGAUGAAGUCAUGCUUUACUUAAACAAGUUGUCGUCUCUAAAUGUCCUUCCAGAGCAGCCGAGAGCUUCUUGAGGGUGAGGAGGAGAGUCUAUAGACUGCAGAUGCAACAAGUAUGACUAAUGUCUUAUGCAUUGUAGUUGUAGAUACGAAGCUAUGACUCAGAGGUCUUAUCUCCAUAAUCUAAACUUCAACUCACUUUCCUGGUAGUUCUGCUCAUAAUCAUUUGUCACCUACAACCAGCACCAUAACAUCUCCCUAAUUAGAAGUUCUCCUUUGGGUAGCAUGAAUAUCAAAAGGAAAUUUAAUGGCAAUUUCAUGUUGAACGAUGUGGAGGGCUGCUUGAUAGACAAACUCCUUCCAGCUACAUGCUUUGCAUAGCUAUAAAUAAAAUACUUCAGACACCAGACAUAAACAGACCUGUUGUAUGAUUUCUAUGUACCCUCUCAGAGCUAAACAACCCCAGGCACUUACUAGAGAGAGAGAUACAGCCAUCAGGGAGCCUUCCCAUAUCCACAUAGCAUCUUAUUUUGACACAGAGAGCCCAGAGAAGAGGCCUCAGAUGAAGCUGCUCUUAUUUUGAAAGUUAUCCUCAGUUAUACUCAAAGAUAAGAAAAAUACUGAUUAAAUCACAGAUGAAAUAUCAUGACUGGUAUUAUAAGUGCGCUCUAAUAGCACUCUAACUGAAACAGCUGGGUCUCUUUUUUUUCCUCCCAAGUUUUCCCAUCUUACUGAUUUUAACUUUGAACAGAAAUAUUAAAACAAUACUAAAACUAAUGAAGCUCUGACAGACCCUCAGUACAUCUGAGCUAUAUUCAUAGCUAAGUGCUUCAAAAAGAUAUUGUUGAUUCUGUCUUUGGGUUGUCUGGAAGUGACCUACAAUCUUUGGGGUGGGCGGUUUUGUGGGCAAAGGCUGUCUUAGCACGCGUAGACAUGUUGUGUCUUAACUAGCUCAAAUACCUUUUCAGGAGCCUUUGUUUACACUUGUGCCAAAAGAGUGCAAACAGCUCUGAAUAGAUGAGGAAUGAAAGUAUUUGUUGCAACUCUGCAGCAUUCCUCUGACAAAAGAGAGAUUACUUUAACAUACAGAGACACAUUUGGAAGGAGCCCUCAGGCGAUGAGUUUUGUCAACAUUUUGUGCUCCUGUACCACUUUUUCAGUCACUCACUCACUCAUUUACUCACUCUCUCGUGUUGACUUCCAGAGAUACGGGUGUGUUUAGGGCACUUUCAAUUCAAGCAGUUGAGGCAAAAUGGUGCAUGCGUGUCAAACGUUACUGAUCGCCUUCAACAUAUUCUAUUGACAGAGUAAUUGCAGGAAGCUUUUAUGCCUUUUGAGUUUGUCUGCUCUCACUGGCCAUCUGUUUUUUUCCCCACCGCACCCCACCCCCACCCCCACCUCCACCUCCUGUCUGGAAACUCUUAAUUCAGACUAAGAUAAGACUGAACUUUGUUAGUCUUUGUUAGAAGGAAACGUACGUGCGGCUACAGGUCAAAAAUAUGGGUAACACAAGAGAGGAUCAAAUGAAAACGGUAUUCAAAAGCAUGAAGUGUAAGAUAAAAUAAGAAGUUUAGAGUUACAUGCAGAAAAGCAUCUAGACAAGACAACAACAUAGCAAUAGAGCAAUUAUCAAUUAUAAUAGAACGUAUGAUAACAAAAUGGUAUAUAGUACCUGGAAUCAAUAUGUUGAAUAGAUCACUAAUACUGCACAUGGUUUCUUAUAUAUUUUCAGGUAACAGAUAACAUUACAGAUGUAGGAGAUUGUUUCAAUUAUUUAAAUCCACAGUUAAGUAAGUCUAACAGGUUUCUAACUUUCAAUUCGUAAAUGAAUUCAAGUGCUAAUCUCGAUCAAUCACAUUUGUAAUCCCAUUCCAUUAUUUUACAUUUUAAAAGAGUUUUUUAAUCCUAUUUUAACAAUCUAAAGCAAUUCUCACCAGUGUCUUUGUUUAUAGAUUCAAUAAGUGUAAAGAAAAGGGGCCUCAUGAUCUUGACCUGAAAUGUUAUACUGCUACACCAGUGCGGUCUGAGAGCAUGACUUAAAGGUAGAGGACAGCCCCAGUUUUCUGAUCAGUCUGGUUCUGUUCAAGGUUUCUGCCCUUUAAAAAGAAGUUCUUUCUCACCACUGUUUGUUGAGUCUAGAUUUAUGUUCCAUCUUAAUAAAAUUGCAAAGAUUAGUCCCGGCCUGCACAAUAUUGUAUGUAGAGACUCUUUUAAGAGCUUUGGCUGUGAUUUGAUACAUACAAAAAUCGUCUCAUUGAUUGAUUAAAGUUUCUGUAAUCAAAAGAUAUCCUUACUUCAGUUUGAGCACAGCAGUAGUUUUAUGUACAAAAGUAAUGUACGGUACACGGUAAAUGGUGCGACUGCAGCAGCCAUUCAGACAUUAGAGUCAUCGAUCAAUUCAAUAAAAAAAAAAACACUUUUAUUCCCAUAAAGACAACCUUCACCUUUGCCUGUUCAUAACAUGCUCUCAUGCUGCAAAACCAGCUAAAAUGUGUGGGCACUUGUGUCUUGCCAUGAACUUUGUGUGACAGAGAAAGAAAUGCAAACCGGUUACCUCCACUCUUGCCAUGGCAACGGACGCGACAAGAAAAGCGAUCCUGUACCUGUGUAUCUGUCUCCCUAAUGGUCUGUGUGUUGGUGUAACAAGAUCUGUAAAAACUCCCCUCAAUGACAUUUUAGAUCCCCCACUGUAACUGACCUGGGCUGGGGAGUCACAAGUAGGAUUUAGGUGAGUACUCAGGCUUCUCUCAGGUUCCUGUUCCCCUUUUCCUAAUGAAUUCAACCAGAAGAAGACUUGAGAAGAGGCCCCCUUUUUCCAUACAGAGAGGAUAUUAUUUACUGUUUUUUCAGCUGUGUUGUGUUUGCAGAAUCUUACUGAUGCAAAAAUAAGACUUUCCCAUUUCAUAUCUGUGCAUACAAUCUCUCUUAAUAGUUAAUCCCUCCCUUAUUUGCGAUGGGACCAACUAAAAGAGAGCGUUUUAUUUUUCUGUUAGGGAAGAAAAGCUCUCAUUGAGGCUGCUGUGGGGUGACGGCUGGAGUGUCCUGCAUUGUAGCACCUUGCAGCCUCUCUGUUGGACUGCACCACUUGAACCACUCCUAACUCUCCUAUUCCCUCUGCUGGGAAAGGCAGAUAUUGCACACCCUAAACUUAGCCCAAAACACAACACUACAGUGAAUUUUUCCUUUUUUUUUUUUUCUUUAAUUUUUCAGUCAGCCGCCUUGCUUCUAGCAGGGUCUGGUGUAGGUGAGAGCUCACUGAUGCUUGUCUGUAUGUGGUAUCAAUGGGGAUGACUCACUCCCUCAGUCUGGUGUCAAUCAUCAUCACAAAAAAUGCCAACCCCAUUAUUUCCUAAAUCUUUUCAAGAAGUUGUUUUGUCCAACUGGUGGCAGAAGCAGCAAAGAGGAGGCAUUCAGCGCUUUCUGAAGAAGCUUGUUUUUCCCUCGGGGUGACUGAAGUAGAGUAUUAAUUUAGCUCAUAAAUGACCUUGUGAACAUCCAGUUCUGCAGUUUGGCUUGCCAACACUUGAUUUUGUUAUUAAUUUGUAGUGUGUGUGAGUGAGUGAUGGGGGUGAAACUCGUACCAAACCUUGUAAAGAGGGGGAAGUGUUUGUGCAGCAGAGACAGAAAUGUGAAUAAAGAAGUUUUUAGAUCCCCCCCUCUAAACCAAACCCAUGCAGAAAUAUGAAGCAUUAGUGUCAUUGUUUUUAUUAUGGCACAUCAAGACAGUUAUCUUUUGUUGGUUUGGCCACAGCCCCCUGAAGAUGUGACCAAAUAUUAUUGUGGCAAUCACUGCAAACACUCCAAUAGUUCUUCUCCCCGGUUGCUUGUGUCGACUGUUUGGGUAAAAGCCAGCGUACUUUGCUGUUUUUGUUUCUGUUUUCCUUUUCCCUUUCUUUUUUUUUUUUUGUAUUGAAUAGCACAACAGGCAAGUUCAUUAUGCGUGUGACUCAUCCCACUAGCCCACACCCCCUCCCCAUCUGCUGCUGUGCGCUGGAAAGGAGAGGGAACCGCCAUUGAUCACUUCUCCCCUCACACAUGCACGCACACACCCCACCUUCAACGUCACUAUCGAUCGACAUGUUUAAUGUUUUUUUGUGGGGAAUAGCUGGCAUUUCCUUUUUGUGUCAUUUUACAUCUGUUCCCGACCAUUUGCUGACAAUGGAAUAAAUCACAAUGCAGAAAUGGAAGAAGUAAAAAGUGAACCAUAAUACUAUCAAAUCAAACAGUCUCAGGAUGUGCUGUCAUUGCAGGGCUGUACAUUUUUUUUUCUAUCAGAGGCAGUCAAGGAAUAUAGGAGUAAAUAUGUCUGGACGGGAGUUGUGUUUUUGCUGGUUGAAUGCCGCAGAGUUUAAAGUAACCUGACAAACAGAAAAGAUGCUGUGGCAGGUAUUUGACGUUUCCUUGAUGAAACAUUUCCCCUCUCUCUUUUCUCUCAAGAUGUGUUUGUAAAAAAGGUUUGUGAUGGGUAACAUAUCUUUGAACACGUAACACGGACAUGCAAUCACACAAGUUUUCUGCAGUAUUAGUAUAGGGCAGCGUAGGUAAUCACAUAUUUUGAAGACAUGGUGAUUCAUCAAUACAAGCUGAAAGCCAUACAAAGAGGUUUUGAACAUUUUCAUUAUUUUUCAGCGAUCCUAUUCCCAUAUAUCAGUCUCAGCAGAUAUCCAGUGAUAUCUUUGCUUCUUAAUAGAAAAAUUGUCUCUUUCUUUUCCGGAGUCACCAAUAUCUAAUCUGAAUUAUAGAAAAUGAGUUUUUCCCGUCCCAGAUUUUUAUCCGUCAGGUUUUCAGUAACAUAUAUUUGGUUUGAUUCCAGUUACAUUUGAAACAGAUCUAUCAGGAUCUGUGUGAUUCAUCUCUUUAGGUGUUUAAUUGAUCGAUCUAACUGUGUGAUCGCUUUAACUGGUGACAGUUUAUAAAGAGAUCAACCUCUACUUCUGCAGUAAUGUCCUCCUUUAUUCAGCCAUGGAUUGAAUCAAACCUUGGGGUCUUUCUUCUAGUAAAUCAGGGAAUACAGAAGUCUAUGCAGCUUUUUCGUUUCAUCGAAAAUAUGGACAUACGACUGUUCUGGGAAACUUUUGAUUGAAGGUCUUGUUCCAGCAGAGUUCAGACUUGAAACAGACAAAAUAAUGGAGACUGCAAGGUGUUGCCCCGUUGAUCGAUGACGAAUGUUUGCCGCUUGUUCCGUUUAAUUUUAUGAUGGUAUAUUUGUGUAUUUAAUGGAAGAGAUAUCUCAGUGUUACAUUCCAGCCACAGUGACACCCUUUAAAUGGUCAUUCUGAAAAUUGUAGAAGUUAGGGUUUUGUACAGUGAGUGGAAUGUUAAAGUGGAUUGGACAUUUUUUUAAAACAAUAUCUGUCCACAAAAUACUUUUACAAAUACGGUUUUCUUGAUUUAAAAUGGUCGGAGCAAAGUUCAUAAGUUCGUUUAAGCUGUGUCCAUGUUAAUGCUGAGUCUGUAGCUUUCCUAAAUGGGCUAGCUCAGCUUUUAUUUCUCGCAUUAAAAUUCACAUUUCAACUGUCAGUAAAUUAAAACAUGCUUACAGAAUUACAUAAAUUAAGUCAACACCUGAUUGAAAUGUUCUGCCUUAUCCCUGUCCUAGUCUGUGAUAUUUUCUUUGCCAUCCAUUAGACCUUGAAUACAUCUGUACCCUGUUCGGUUUUUCAUUGACUUCUAUGUGUCUCUGUUGCAGCCUCAAGUUUUUGCCUUUUACUCCUUUUGCAUUCCCAUUGUCACUUUUUUUAUUUUUGUUUUCAGUUCAUGAACAAACCAACCGAUUUACCCGACUUCUUUCAAUGCCUGCUGUCAAGUAAUGGCAGAUCCAUGUGACCAAUCAGACCGAAGCACUUAAAACAGCUCUGUAAUAAUGAAUUCUAGCCUGCCACCACAAGAACAGUCAUUAACCUUCUAAACCAGCCUCAACCAACCUGUGAUAGUGACAUGUGGGUGCUUAAAAAGAUCAAACUUCACCUGUGAUCCGCAGAUUCACCCUCAUCUUGAGAUGACACCUUCCAAAUACAAAAGCGGUUCAUUAGCCACAUUGUUUUAUUCAAAUGCCAGGGUACCACCUACACCUGCAGCUUUGGUUGAAUUACAUCUCUCCAAAGUCUCUCUGGCUAAAAUUUGGCGCUCAGUGUUUGUUGGGUUUUCAGGAGCUCCUUUUUUAGUGAGUGCCAAGUGGGUUGUGUAUCACAUCUUGGAUAAAAACGGCUUCCCAGUAGUCAGGGCGUGUUUGAACAUUAAAAUCAGGACAGUUCCAUUUUGACACUGGCAUUACAAUCUCCCUGUUCAAAGUCCAGGAGUGAAAAGUAUCAGAGCUUUGUCCCUGUGACUACAGGCGACACUUUUUUACAUGUCAGGGGGUCACUUGGGUCCAUGUGUGUGUGUGAAGUGUUGACUCGGACAUCUUGAACUUGUUUGUAUUGAUAUCAUUUUUAUUUUUGUUAUAAAAAGUUAAGAUAGAAUCAAAGCUUAAAACUUGGGACUUAAGUCUUGUGGCCUAGCGUUCUACGCGUGCGCCUGAUAGACAGAAGUCAAGUCCUGAGUGGUCGGCCAAGAGUUUAAAGCCUAUAAAUACAAAGGACAGAAACAAGAAGAGAGAAAGAAAAAACAUAAUGAGGACUUUAACCUCCCUUAAAAAUCUUCUGUUAAGCUUUACAUUGUUGAUGUAAUUGUGUUUAUAUAAACCAACAUCAUACCAGCACUAAAAAUCAGAUUCAUUAUGAAUCCAACAUGCAAUAAUUCCUCUAAUCUAUUUUACAAACAGACUUUUUCGUUUAUCAAAAAUAUUGGAUAUUGAUUAUAUUAAUUUAGCUUAAAGGGAGGUUUCGGCGUAAAAUUAAUUUAGGGUCAAACGCACCGUAACACUGAGUUGGACACCCUCUCGAGAGAUGACUGUUGCCGACCGCUUGCUUCUCUAGUUUUACCAACUUUAGUAACGACCGCUUGAUAGCAAUACACAGCGGUCUGAGGAGCCAUAAACGAACCUCAACCAAAAAGCCACUCUACAGCCACAAAUAAUGCUUAGAACAGCACCUAACUUCAUCAACAGUACGUAAAGGGUCCCAGCCAUAGUACUAGCCCCCAGACAUCUACUUAACUUUGCCUGAUUUCUUUAGCAAAGAUAUCCUGCGGUCGUUACUAAAGUUGGUAUAACUAGAGAAGCAAGCGGUUGGCAACAUUCAUCCCUCGAGUGGGUGUCUAACUUGGUGUUCCAGUGUGUUUGACCCGAUGUUAAGUUUACCUUUAAACAUGUAACUAUAUCCACAGUGAAAUCAAAAGUUACCUUGGCAUUUAGUAAUGAAGUGAGACUGAUUCUCCAACUUUUUUUCUGUCUCCCUCUCAUUUUCUGUAAAACUUCAGUUUUGAGUUACACACUGCAACACUGAGGCUCAAACUUGGAUGACAAAUCAACAUCGCCAAGAUAGGAUGAUGAAUAAUUUUGUAUAUAGACUCCUGCUGUGUGAACAGUGUGUUAUUUUCUGUCUUUUUCACAUGUAGGUGGUCCUGGACAUGACAUUCGGAGGUGGUGGUCAUACCAAAGCAAUAUUGAAUACAGUUCCUGAAGUCACUGUCCUGGCCUUAGACCGGGAUCCUGCAGCCAUUUCUCUGGCAGAGCAGCUGGCCAAGGAACACUCGUAAGUGAUUUAUGAAAACACAUCAACCAGACUAAAACACAGGGUGGAGCUUAUGUUUUCUAUAAGCUAACUGGACAACUGUUUAUGCUAUAUCAUGUUCUGGUCAUAAACUUUUAUUGUCAUAACUGACUGCUUAACCACUCUGAGCACUGUUCGGUUUGUAGCCAUUAUUUCUUCAAACAAUACCGUAGGUGUGAUAUAGUAACACGGUCAUUUCUGUAUUUCUCACUUUCUUUCCUGAGCCCCAUCAAACACAGCUUGCCAAGAUACAGCCCCUGAGUUUCAGCAUCCAAUCAAAUCCAGGCCUUAGUCUUAACUUAAAGCUUUUCUCCCCCCACGCAAAGCUGGUGGGCCCCGGCAUGUCAUUUGUCAGAGUAAGGGCCCACGCCUGCAGUGUGAGGGAGAUGCUGCCUCCCACGGAGGAUCUAUAAGAUACGAAGAGGAAGGGGGGCUGGAAGAGAAAAGCCCAGAGAAGUUAAGAUGUAGUGAGAGCGAGAAAGAGCAAGAGCGAAAAAAACAUGAGAGUGAGAGAACAGGGAGACACGAGGACACAAUGCCAGGGUGAGAGGGAGUGUGUGUGAGCAUGAGCAAGGCGCGGGAGGAUGAAAAUGAGAUGUUCCUAAGACCAUGGCGUGGGAAGGAAUCCUUUUACGUAGAUUCUGGGGAAACCUCUCUCAAGGGAAUCUGCCAGAGAAAUGUGCCUGUGAGCAGGGAAUGACAAUUAAGAGAGAGACAUAGAAUGAGAACACUGUAUUCUGUCAGCAGCAAUAUACCCUUGCUGUAAACUCUUCCACACCCACUCCUGAUGCAAGUUGAGAGAGGAUGGAGAAAUCUAGCAAUUAACCAAUAUUAUUGGAAGCCUGAGUAAAAGACCCUGGCAGCCCACGCAGAGCAUUCACACAACAGGGUGUUUUCUUUCUCCCCUCUACUCCCUCGUCCUCAGAAAAGUAAACUGCUGAAUGUUGGUGUGAACCUGAACGCAGUUUUACAGAUCAAAAAAGGAGAAUAAUUUCACCUCUGGACAUUUAUUUAAAAGCCUCUUUCUUCCCCGAACGAUACUGGCCUAUGCCUUUCAUAGGAUUUGUCUCCUGCAUUUUGAGCCGUGCUGUUCUCUGCUUUUCACCAUCCUUGUUGUUGCUAUUACUACCCAGCACUUGGAGCUCUGCGGUAGCUGUGCCCACAAUAAAGUUUUUUCAUUUAAAAAGGCAGCAGGCAUCAUUGAAAAGCCAAGUCAGGUGAACUCUGGAUUUACACAGGAGCAUAUGGCAGUCUCACACUCAUAUACUAGUGUGAUAUUAACAGUUUGAAUGCAUUAUACACUUAAUGUUACAUCGAGUGCUGUGUUGACUAAGUCAUCACCAUAGAAACCUUUGAUAAGGUUACCGCUACUCAUACAGUCUCAGUCUUGUUUGGCAAGAAGAAACGGCAAAUUGAAUGCAUUUUUUUUCUGCGAAGCAAUCACCAGGGUCGCUUAAAUGAGAAAAGAAACUGAUGCAGCGAUUCAACAUCAAUAUCAGCCUGUGUUUUGUCUGCUGACAAACAUCGGCUCAUCUGCAAAUAAUGUGUUUAUGUUUAUCUGUCAUCACAUCUGACAUUUGUGAGCUUUUAUACUGAGCUGCUAAUUUAGGAUGGGAAUCAAAUAAUAGAUCCAGAUCCACCUUUUCCCAGCCAUAAACAUCAUAUGUCUUAAUGCUUCACAGUUCAUUUAUUGAUGCCUACCAUUUUGUUCUAUAUGCCUUCCAAAAUGAUGACGUGACACAGUGCAACAGGCAGUCAGAGCUGGCAACAGCCAAAGCAGUAAUAAUUGGUAGACAGAGGACAGGAGCAGUCCAAAACGCUGUUGGAUAAAGCUGAAUAUUCUUCACCAUAUCAGCCCUAAAAAUAGGACAGUGUAAUGUACCGACUUACUGUAAAAUCCACUCACUUUGUUAGACUGACGGUCAGUACGUUUACAUGACACUUGAGAAAAACGAAUUAUUGCCUUACUCCGAUUAAGACCGGACAACUGAAGUGCAUGUAAACACCUUAGUCCAGCUAUAAUCGGAGUUUGAGAACUCCUAUUGGAGGCAGAGAACUCAGAUUAGGACACCCAGAUAAUGCGAUUGGAAUUCGAUUUACUCUACCAUGUAACCAGCGUAGUCAGAGUACGAUUGGAUAAUGCAUGUAGGGGUGCGCCACACCCCUGUAACCCGGUAACAAAAACCAUGAGCACGAGGAGUAGUGUACACCUUAUCUGCAGAAAAAGUAGCGCGCACAUAAUGUACGGCAAAAACCAGGCUAUACGAUGCUCCAUCUUCUUGCCCGAAAAUGCCCAGCAGCAGUUGUAGCCACUUCUGACGUCUGGCACGACCCUGCUGUUGUUGACAGUUUUGUGGGGUCACCCAGAAACAGCGCCGCUGAAAAGACCCAUAUCGCCCCCUAGUUUUGGGAAGGAGGUCAAUAAUUCGAUUUUCCCAGCUGCAUGUAUAUGCGGACAAGGAGAGAAGUCCGAAUUGGCUAAAAAACGAAUUAUGAGCUUAGUCUGAUAAAGCUGUGCAUGUAAAGGCACUGAGGGGUAAGGAAGAUCAGUGUGUUUUAGGGCCUGUCCAGAUUAAAUCUGAUUUGUGUGUCGGUUUUAGUAAUACAGUGUGGUUUUGGUGGUUGGCUGACUUUGCGAAGGGAAAGCUGCAAUCUUGGUUAUGAUCUUUUGACCAGUCUCAGGUUUUGUCUACAAUCAGCUGACUAUAGAAGCCAAGCUUCUUGUCUCAGCAGAGCAGCAGGUAAUAAAAUGCUUGAAAAAAUUUCUAUUGCUGACAUAGAACACCUAUACAGGCCUCCUUUUUGACACACACAUAUCCUGUUGUAGCAUAAUGAGUCAACUUUAUAAAGAAGAUCUGUGUACUGCGCUAGAUCUGGUAAGAAUAAGGGCCUGUGUCCACAGACAACAUUUUUGUGCAGGCAGUGUCAAUUAUUUAAAUUUCAGAGCACUUCUCACCAAAGUCUCAGGUUGUAAAAGUUGUCUGGUGGCACUUCUGCAUCAAAUUUGUUUGUUUUUUUUAAAUCAACUUUUACUUAGAAAAGAUAUGAACAAAAAUUUAAAAAAUGAUGUUGUAGCACUGUUGUGGAUUCUGAAAGUUGAGUGAUAGAGAAGUGAUAUUUGUGUGUGUAGUGAUGUUACCGGUCUGUGAGCACACUGACACCAAAAACACCAAACUAUAUUGUUUUUAGCAGGUAAAAAAGGCAAUAAUUCCUCAAGUGGAAACAGGCCCUUUAACAGGCAUUUCGACUCUAUCUCGAUACCUUUUCUUUUACAGACUGAUGGUCUUUUCUUUAAAUGUAAUGAUGUUAGUCUGUUUUCAGGUAAGAGAGUGUAAAGCCUGGCUCCAGUGGGGUACACUGGCCUUCACAAACAGAUCCCAAACAAAACCUACAAAUGUAUUUAUGUAUGAUGUUUAAAUCCAAAAUUAGAAUAUCUGAACUUUUUGCAGCCGUAGAAAAAGCAUUGAUCACAAGUUAAUCAUUUUGCCAUCCUACUCAUUUGGUCAUUGUUUGUUUUCCUGGUGCCAUCCAGAAGAUUUAGUCCAUCUGCUGUCUGGUUAGAUCAGUGGGAAUAGAAGGGUAAAUGCACACCACUGAGAGGGAACAUGCUCUCUCAGAUUCAUAGCGAGAUAAAUGAAGAUAUUUUGAAGGAAAUUCAGAUGAUCUUACUAUUUUCAUUGCUAAUAGGGAAACCUGAAUGGAUUUCAAAACAAAAUGUUAUUAAUUGUUUAGCCCUAGAUAUUACUGUUAUCAUAGUUAUAAGUUAUGUUUUGAUGUCCUGUUGGUUCUUGUGAGGCUCUCUUCACAUUACUUCACAUCUCAAAGGGUUUAUUGUUAAAUUUGGUCCAUCUAAAAACAAGCUAACACGCUAAUCUUACCAAAUAACGGUGCAAAUUGACUUUGUUUGCAAAUGCGACUAUUUUCAAACUGGCUUCAAUAAUCAUCUUAAAAAUCAUGAUCCCAUCCGAAGUUGUUGCUGUCUCAUACCAGUAUUUUACAUGGUUGUGAAAUACUGUGAUAUCAGACCCAAACCUCAAAGACCCUCUUUAAAAACACAGGGGGGCUGUGGAGGUGCAUUGUUCAGGAUCCUGGUGACACCCAUUAUGCAUUGAUAAAUGAGAGGCAAAGAAAGCAGUUUCAGUCCCACCAACUGUGCUUUGAGUUUUCAACUUUUUUUCAAAAGGCCAUGGAAACACUGAGAACGACCUUAAAAUACUUUGCAGUUGUUGAAGAUGUGAUGGGUAAAACUCGGGACUGAAAAACUGACACAACUUCAUGAAGGGCUAAAUGAGGUCUGUGCUGUGUGUGUGUAUGUGUGUGUGUGUGUGUGUGUGUGUGUGUGUAUGUGUGUGUGUGUGCUCUGUGGCUGAGAGUGGGAUGAUAUUUUAGUUAUGUCAACAACCUUUUUAAUGUUUUACAUCUUUUUAAAUCUACAUGUAACGGCAAACUCAUCAGCACAGUCAGCUUCGAUGGCUCCAGUACACACUGCCUACAAAUAUCUCCUCUAAUCUUCUUCUUGUAAAAUUAGUUGGAUCGUUUUAUGAUGACAUAACCACGUCAGGUGUUUUAAUGUCUGCUCUGUUCAGGACAUCACACGAGUCUGCUGCUUCCCUCUGUUAUAAAAAAAAAAAAAAAAACAUGAUCAAUAACCUCAAUCAAUCAAUCAACUACACAUCAUAGACAGUAUCCCAGCGAAUGACGAUUUCCAUAUUUGGAAACUUUGCUCAUCAACAACAGAAUUUUUUUGUAUCUUUUUAGAAAUAAGCCUUUUAACCAAGAAAUGAAGAUGUAAAAAUCAGUCGAGGAACAGCUGGGAAGAAUUUAACACUUAUUGACAUCUCAUGGAGACAAUUGCAAGACAAAUUGCAGCUAUUUAGUUCCAGAUUCACAAUUUUCUGUGGCUUUAAAUAAAUGUGUCACAGGGAGAUUUUUAAUAACCUUUGGUUCAGUUGAGGUAGCUCAAAUUGACAUUUUGAACAAAACCUGUUUUUAAAGCCCAGCUGUGUAUUGGUCCUGUGUUUGUAGCCUCUAUCUCUUCUUUUUUUUUUUCUUCUCUGGACUGUAGAUAUUUUCAUCACCGCUCCCCUGCUGAAAGCAAUCAAUCAGAAUCUUGUCUUAGGCUUCAGUGACGCAGGUAAAGGAACUGAGCAGGUCAACACUAGGGAAUAUUUCAGGCUUGAUUUGUGAAGAGGCAGCAUCGUGUUGAACGAGCAUGCGCUCAAAGAGAUGCUGCUGUGAAGGUUGCUGAUGUCCUCUCUGAGUGUGCUCUCUACGAGAUGAACAAGAACGAGUGAAUGCAAGGAAAAACUGAGAGUAGAGGGGACUGUGAGGAUGUGCACCCAGAACUGUUUUUUUAUCUUCAGUAAAUGGUGUCUUUGUGCAGGGAUGAAUGAUCUGUUAAGUAUAUUGAAAAGAGCAAUUCUACCAAAAAUGGUUGAGGGUCUGUAUGUAGCCUUGAGUAAAAUCUUUCCUUUAUGUCAGAAUGUGAUAUUGUCAGACAAGGAGAUUACAUCAGACUGGACCCAUUGUGACCUGUUUUGUAAACGUGUUUACGUGCAGUGUAAACCUGGUUUUAUAUAAAUUUAGUUUAUUGAAUAAGGGAGAAUGUAUAAGGGAUAAUUAUACUCCUUCAGGGUGAGACAAGACUCUUCUGCUUAGCAUCUGAGUUCUGCUCACCCUGUCAAGAUCCUAAUUUGAUUUACCACCUGUUCACUCCACAUUAUCCUCUCAGAUACCAGGGAUAAACAAGUUGGUACAGAAUGUUUACGUAGACGUUAAGGUCAAGCGAUGGUUAUGGCUUAUCUUAACUUGACCCCUGUACAUUAACACCAGAUAAGAACUGAUUCACUGACAGAAGUAUGUUCCCCACAGCAGCCCUGGGUGAUGUUAUGCCUCCUUUCAGCUAGUUCCUAUUGGGCUACUAUCAACCUGUUACAUUUCACACCAAAAUAAUCCCACCGUCCUAUUAUCUUUAGAAACUGUUUUUUUAACUUUUGGAAAUAAUUUAUGGUAUCUGUAACUUCCCAGGAACAGCACCUGCCCCAACAAGUGAUAGACUGGAGAAACUAGAUGUAGAAAGCAGAGAGGCAAGACUGAUGAAUUAUAUUAUGUCUAUAUAAUAAGUAGGGCUGCUCGAUAAUGCUCAAAUUAUUAAAAUAUUGAUUUAAGAUCUGUACCACAUACGUUUACGCAACUCAAGAACUCUUUAAAACCUCAAAAGUCUGAACUUUUUGAAAACCCCACUAUAAGUAAAAAGAAACAGCUUUCCCUUUUCAGUUUACCAAAGCAUGCUGUUUUGUCAAAGGUACCAUGCUUCACCUCUUCACGACACUCUCAGAUAUGAGACUUAAUUUUGACAUUAUCUUUUUCUACAUGAAAUGCCAGCCAGUAUUUUAACAAUGUGCUAUUAAAAACUCAAAUCCAAAAGAGGAAAACCAAGAGGGCAGGUCUCACCACUCAGUGAGCUAUUUAAACGAAGGUGUAGUUGAAUGGUAGAGUUUGGCUGAGUGCUUUUCUUCCCAUUGACUUACAAUGGUAUCAUCAGCAUUGGCUUACAGUCCCUUUCACUGGCAUUUCACGUGUCCCGUGAUUCAUCGGCAGCUUUGGACUGUCUCUGAGUGAGCUUUGGGAAAAUCAAACCCAGUGAGGAGCCAGAAUAACACAAAUUUGCAUGAUGUCAGUGUUGUGGGGUGCUACAACUAUAAAUAGCUCAGGUCUCUUAAGCAAUUAUGAGCCCACACUUGGACCUCAGCACGUACACUACUGAAACUUGUCCUCUUUAAUAAUAUAAGAUCUUACAUAAGGCAUUUAUAGCUCCUACUCUGUGUCUAAGCCACAUAAAGAAGUUAAUAAUUUAGAAAUGUUAUGUAAGUGUUUUGCAUAUUUUUAAAUCCUUCAGUAGGAGAAGCCGCUCUGUGUACUGGAAGGUGUGUUCAUCACCUGUGAGUGGGCAGUCGUGCUGACUUAAAGGGAUAUUCCAGCGUAAGUUUUAGUUAUGGUCAAACACACCGUAACGAGUCAGAGACCCCCUUGAGAGAUUAAUUUUGCCAACCGCUUGCUUCUCUAGUUACCCCAACCUAAGCAACGACCGCAGGAUUGCAAUACACAGCGGUCUAUGUCUCCACGCGCAAACUGCAACCAAAAAGCCACUUGAGUGCAGCAAAGUUCUGCAGCUCAAGAAAGAAAAUUCAUGAUUUUUACUUUAUGGAAAUGCAGUCAUUUCCAUGAAGUGAUAAUCAUCAUCAUAAUAAACAUUUUGCACUGCAGACGCGGUAGUUCUUCUGCCUUAGCAUCUUGGUCUGAUUGUAUUUCCAUGAAGCAAUACUCAUAAAUUUUCUUCCUUGAGCUGCGAAACUCCGCUGUACUCGGUGAUCGACUCGCCAGGGCUCCCCUACGAACAAGUAGCUGGUGGAAGAGAGUGGGUGAGUUAUGUUUAGUCUCUUUGCUAAAGAAAUCAGGCAAAGUUAAAAAGAUGUUUAACGGCUCAUGCUAUGGAUAGGACCCUUUAUGUACUGUUGAUGAAGUUAGGUGCUGUUCUGAGUGUUAUUUGUGGCUACAAGUGGCUUUUUGGUUGAGGUUUGCACAUCGAGACAUAGACCACUGUGUGUCGAUAUCGUGCGGUCGUUGUCGAAGUUGGUGUAACUAGAGAAGCGAGUGGUUAGCAAGAUUCAUCUUUCGAGGGGGUGUUUAAUUCAGUGUUACAGAGUUUGACCAUGACUUAAACUUAUGUCGGAAUAUCCCUUUGAGAAUUUCAAUUUCAAUGAAGAAAAAAGUUGAAGAAAAUUCUUGACAAGAAAAUCCAAAUUAGUAGAGAUGUUGUUGAUAGCACGCCAUUAAUUACCCAAAUGGAGCUUUCAGUAUGCACAUUAUCUAGCUAUGACCAUGUGACUGAAAAAGGAAAUACAUUUUUGACUCUAUAUUCACAUCUGUGUUCAUAAUUAUUCAUUCGUUGAAAAGACAGGUCAGGUUUGGAGAUUGAUUGUUCUGCUUAUUUUUGCCCUCCCCACAUCUUGUGUGUUAUAAUGGCUUCAUUAUUCUGUUGUAAAGUUCAUAUAUGGCCUAAUGGAAAUUUACUCUCUUUUGGGACCAGCCUCAUGUGGGCUUUUGGUUUAAUGCAGAUUUUAGUCCGUAGUCAUUUUAUUCCUUCAAGUCCUUGGAGCUGACAUUUUCUGAACUGCAACUCAGUCAGGCAAGCAGAAUAUAAGGAAAUAGAUAGCUGUCCUAUUUAUCAAAAGUGUAUAAAAAGUGUAAUGCAUUCAUGUUGUGUGCUUCAUCAUAAACAGUAGAAAUACUUUGCAUAAACUCCUACCUUCGCUGCUUUGAGAUGAAGCGAGGUCCCACUCAGUGUAAAUGCUAAACAUUUGCUUCACUCACAGCUCUCAAGCUUUAUUUUUUUUUUGCCAGUCAGUAUGCUGGCUGGCAGUGAGAGCGCCACAAAAAUGUGUCUUGAAUGCAGUUUGACAGGGAAGGUACUUUACAUAAACCAGCUCACAUUCUUUUAAUUCUUUCAAAGGCUAGUAAAAUAGGGAAUUGUUUUAUGCAGCCCUAACUGGUGUAACAUUGGUUGGAAAGCUAGUAGCUGCAUUGGCAAACUCUGUCAAUCAGUCAUUGGAGCUCAGUUCCCCUGUUCCUCUGCCUGUGGCCAUUCUCCACCUCUGCUGACACAUUAAGCCACCACCAGAUGAGCCACUCAUUCACUGCAAUGGUUAGCCGCUAGCUUAUUGUGCCUUGGGAGUGUAGAGAAUGAUAAGUUGUAGUUGGUAUUCCCAUUAGAGAUGCUUCUAAUGACUAAUUUUACCAUCAAUUCAACAGAAAUGUGAAUUCUAACUAAUCGUCUAGUAAGAUAAAAGUUAAAGAGGAGAGCAAUGCAAGCGCAGUUUAAAGAAAAUGUAUGCCAGAGGUUAAUGUCAAGGUUUUAUACAUUAAAGGUUGGAGAUAGGGUAAAGAGAUAUUGGUGUUUUAUGAAAGCAGACAGUUUUAAAAUCUUUCAGUCUCUUAACCAGCUACUGGUAGAUCGUCCAAGAGAUGAUAUUUUUCAUCCUGAGAAUCGCUUUAGAAAAACUCCAUCUGCUUCUUUUGCAGCAUCACACUGAGAUCAAUUAUAACAGCUACCUUCAAUGAAACAACAAAACCGGCACAACACAGCUUGACCUGCUACCUGCCUUCAUUCACAAUAGUUAUGCUGUAAUAAAACCAUUGCGUUUAAAAGAAGGUUUGCCAACAUGAAAAAGCCAUUUAUACAAACACUUGACAUAACAUAAUCAAAGUUUUAAAUUGCAAAUGUUGGCUUGAUAGUUGACAUGGAGGCAGUAGGAGAAAGGGCUUAGGCAGUUGAUGGGAGAGAACAACAGAGCCAUAUAUGGAUUUUUUUCAACAAAUCAAUCACUGAGCAGGAUAGUGAAUAACAACAGCAAAGUAAAGGGAGUGGGUGAGAUGCUCCCAAGCCAUUUUGCCUUGGGUAAGUUUUUGAAGUCGUCAACCUUCCAAUUUGCUCUUUCCAAGAAUGCCUUUAGUUAAUCCUGAGAAAGCGGAGUCAUCGCAGCGCUGAUAAGAGGGUGAGGUUUACAUUUGGAAUAACAUCAGAGUUAUUCUGUCAGUACCCAAGUUAGUGCCAGUCCCACACACAAAAGUGUUGUCUGGCGAACAAGCUACAUUUAUUUUGAAUGGGGUAUAAUAAUAUGCUGUCAAAGACUUUUUUCAUACAUUAUGAUGCUGUUCUGGCACAAAUGGACCAUAACUGUAUAAAACAUAACCAUAGUCUUAUUGUUUUCUGAGAAAGCAUGAUAAAGCACUCUUCCUAUUAGAAGUGCUGGCUCCAACUAACUAGACACACUAAAAAUAUAAGAGCAGAUAUGUUUUUUUUUAAAUUAUUAUUAUUCUGUUACAGUUUCUGUAGAUACAAAAAUAUCCUUCAGAGAUUUCCUUAUGUUAGUUAACAUAAAUGCCAGCAAUUAGGAGAAUUCAGGCUUUGUUUCUUUUCUAGAGUACUGUAUAUAGUAGUAUAUAUAUAUACACAAACACACUCACACACCUCUCAAUGUUUUUACUUAAAAGAAGCAGCAUGUACGACGACUGCAGUCAGGGCUAAUUUUUUGUUGGUCAGCAUGUGUAAUUAAUAUUUAUGUGUAUUUCUUCAUUUGAUUAGCUUGGUUUUUGGCUGGCCUUGUGCUCAGUCUUUUUAUUUUAGGUGUCCAUUUUCAAACACUAUCCUUAUACCUUUUCCAAAUAUAAAAUAUUCUCGACCAUAAAUGCAGUCCAAAGAGUUUAAAUAAGGCAUAAUGGCACACUAUGCCUCACGAAUGAUAGCUCCAUUAAGGGGAAAUGUUUUCUUCUGACUUUCAUCGGUGCUUAUUUUGAAAGCUGGCAAAGUGAAAAUGCCCCAAACCACGAAAGACUUAGUUCAGCAGUAGUAGUGCAGUUCUGAGUCAUCACGGUGCAAGUGGGAUUUUCUGAGACAUGUGGCUCCACGACGAUGUUUUAAUUGUCUCGCAGUAGUGUCAGCAGUCAUGUAGACUCCUCCGGAGGUCAUGACAACUAAAGAAAGACUUUUUUCUUUGGUCUUGAACAUAUUACUUCAGCCUUUAAGACUGAUUAGAAAUGAACCUCACUGGGAUCACAAACUCAGUGCUGGGUUAGGAGUCAUCAGCAUGAGCUGUUCUGCAGUGAUCGUACAAAAUGUUCAGCAUGAGCUGCUUGUUAAUAAGGAAUCACAAUUGGACAUUUUUGAUGACUGUUUUUGAGGAGUAAUAGUAACAGAUGGGUGGAGAAGUCUGCAGAAAAACAGCUUUGCCUAAUAUAAAGAUGCUAACUCCUGUUGCAUUUCUCUGCCAUCAUCUUUGUUCACACAAGUUAAAAGGUCACAUGAAAAAUGCAUGAAUGUGGCUAGAGGAUCUCACCACUCGUGCAUGAGGAAUUGACUAAGUAUUCAUGGUUCUGCUCGCUCAGUGACAGGGAAGGAUCUCAUUGGGCAAGACAAGAGAGCUAGUCAGCUUCCAAGGAAAUAUUUGAUUUGAUUUUAACAGGUUAACUGGAAAGCUACUGGAGCUUCUGUGGGUUUCCAGCGAAUCUUAAAUCUCACGUGGUCUGAACCAUGAAUAUGUCUGCCUAAAAUAACCUCUCCUUGCCCGAUGUUGAGUGUGGGUGUUGUUUCUCUACAAUGUAUGUACAACACUGAAAACAAAACAGAAAACAGACAAUGUUUUUCCUGAAAGUGAACGUACCCAAUUCCCAAUUAAGUGCAAGUUGUGGCCUCGGCGCUGGAAAAAGUAAAAAGCUGUAAGCUGCUCCCUCAUUAUGUGAGUUGUGGCAGAGACUAAGGUGCCCUUGUGCAUACCUCUUAACCCCCCAACUGCACCAGUGAAGCUGCUCAGUGGCCGGCAGGUCAGAUUUUUCGUUGCUCUGGGCAGCAGGUGGUUUAAGAAAACAUAAAUAUGAAAAUAAUAGAAAUCCAUAAGUGAAUAUAUCAAAAAGAAUCAAUGUUUUAAAUCAGCAAUUUAAAUCAGGGGGUGUGAUGGUUUUUGCCCAAUUUAUUUCUCAAGUAGAUGUUCUAAAUGGUAUAUGUUUAUGCAUAACUGGUAAAUAUAUUUAAUUUGUUUUUAUCCUAAAUGAUCCUGAGCAUUCUGGAAACAGUUUUGCCAUACAUAUGCACACUCGUGUGAAAAUGUCUCAUUGCAAUAUUUCUCUUCUAGCGGCCGUGUGAAACCAUUACUUGGCAGAUUCAGUGAGCUUGAAGCCCUGCUGUCUGACAUGAGCAUUAAGCCAGGCACCAUAGAUGCUGUCUUGUUGGAUGCCGGCUGCUCCUCGAUGCAGAUGGAUCAGGCGGAGAGGGGCUUCUCUCUCAGUAAGGAUGGGCCUUUGGAUAUGAGGAUGGACGGAGAGAGGUAAGAGAUCAACACCAUUCAAAGGGCGUCACUGCAGUCAAGUCAAAAUGCACAAGCCAGUAUGUUUUCCUACGAGAACUUAACGAGACUUAAUGAGAACUGCAUAAAAUGUUGUUUGCAAUUACACCCCCAAAAAAAGGAAAGUGACAUCGAUCUUCUGUGAGGGUUUUUUGAGGGUUUUUGAAAAAAUUAAAAUUCAGAUAAAGAGUUCAUCAUGGCCGGGAUUGAUCAUUUCUCUGUGGUAAUUUUUUAGUGCCUGAAGCAGCUGCUGCAGAGGAGAGGUCAGGCGAAGCGACAAACAGCAUGCUAAUGCUAAGAUAGUCUUUGGUUACAUUUUCUACAGCAAAGAGUAAGAGUGAGUGAUAUCUGAGUCAUAAAAUGUGAAGAUAACACAAGAUUAGCCAAGAGAUUACAGGUGUCACAUUAUCUAUAGGGGGCGCUAGAAGGGCUGCAGAAUAAACAGUAAACAUAAAAUCGCUUACAGGAGCUACAGGAGAACAAACAACUCACGUGCAUUUAUUGAUGCAUGCAUCCAAAAAAUUGAAUUAAAAAGCCUCUAAAAUUAAUCUGUGCUGACGCCCUAAUAUCAGACUUGAUAGAAUGUAUUGUUAUCUUUAAUGUAUUAAUUAGUACCAAAAUAAAUUUUGGGGCUGACAGCAUAUAUCUGAUACAUCUGGUGUAUUAGCUAUUAUAAGAAAAAACUGUAUAAAAAUGCCAGGUUUGAUUUUUGCUUUUCAAAAAUACAUCUACUUUUCAUGAGAGUGCUGACGGGUUAAUUUAUCUAUCAAGUGUAAAAUGUUCUGCUCUAAACAUGCUUCUCUAGGAGCAGGAAGGCGAAGUGUUAUCAUUAGAAAAUGUAUCCCUCGCUGCCAUUAAAAGAGAAGAAAACAACAUGCAGAGACCAGCUUUCAUUUUCAUUUGAAUCAGCCAGCAUUAUAACCCCAUUUGGCUGAAUGCUGAUGAGUAAUACUACUUCAGUGUGACAGUGUAAUCCAAAACCCUGUUGUAGACAUGCUAAGCAGAUUCAUGCAUGCUCUUCCCAUAUCAAUCAAGCUUGACUCUCUCUCUCUCUCUCUCUCUCUCUCUCUCUCUCUCUCGCUCUCUCCUUCUCCCUGUCUCUCCUUCCAUCCCUCCCCCAAGAAAUGUAAUGCUUCCUUAAUGAUUUCAGAGACAUAUCUGAAUCACUUCACAAUAUCAGCAUGAUAUGAAAGCAACCAGCUGAAAUAACCCUAUUGUAUUACUACUGCAAAAGCUGCCUUUCUUCCCUUUAUUCACAGAUGUUCUAUUCACAACUGUCAGCCAUCAAGGUUUUCAGCUGUAUCUCAGAGUUGUCAGGAUUCGCCACUGUCAGCAAGGACAUGACGUCAAGCAGCUUAAUUGGGCUUCUCUUUGUGCGUAGGUACCCCAACAUGCCCUGCGCUGCUGACGCUGUGAAUACCUUAGAUCAACAGGCUCUUGCAUCCAUCCUCACUGCAUACGGGGAAGAAAGACAUGCCAGGAAAAUCGCUUCAGCCAUUGUGGAGGCACGCCGUGUCAACCCCAUCACCCGGACACAGCAGCUGGCCAGUGUGGUGGCAGGUAUCGCGACACUCUCCUGAUAAAUUCCCUGCAGAAGUCUAGAGGGAAAAUAAAACAUGAGUGCAGUUAUUAAGGCUGUCUCCCAGUGGGACUUAUGUGUCUGUGAAAAUUACGUGGACUGUGACCUCAGUCAUCUUCCUCCCUCUUGCCUGUUUGGCUGCUUUGCUUACACAUUCCUUUAAAGUUGAGGGGGAAAAAAAAGCAGAGCUGGAGGUGCAGGAAACAGACUGAGGCUAAUGCUUUGAAAACAAGCACCACCUCAUACACAGUAUCCCAUCUUUCUCUCCCCCUAUAUUGCCUUUUAUGACUCUCUUUCUCCCCUCAUAUUCCCCUGUUUCACGGCUCACAAACAUCCACACACUCCUCAAUGCAAACACCAAAAUAAACUCACACAUAUGACACCCUCUUGCAAAAUCUCCGGGUAACAUUGUUUAUCUCCACCGGUUGUUGUUUUUUUUUUUUAGCCGUAUACCUCCAGGUUUAAGCAGCUGAAUGAUCGAGACAUCGUUUCAGUAGUUGUUGCACAGAGCAGUAUGUGCGUCAGUGUCACCCUGGGAGAACAGGUGUGAGUAAGAGCAGCUGUUUAAUCUUUUUUUGAAAAGCAGAGCGAGUCACCACGCAUGUUUAUUUAGAACAAUCAGAGAUGUCUUGAUUUUAAAAAAGUACAGCGGGGUUAUUAUGACAGUUACGACAGCGAUACUAAAGGGAGGAGGGGGUAAUGUCAGGACAAGGUGGCAUUGGGACAUAAUGUGAGAAAAUAUUUUUUCUGACAUUUUCUAUCUGAGUUUGAGCCUUUAUACCAGCUAGAGAGUUGACAGAGACUUAAGACUGAAACCAAUGUCUUUAUCCUCACUGUCUUGAAAUCGUUGGGAAGUUUAAUUAAUGGACACAUCAGAUUUCUUCAUUUAAAUUUCAUUUUGCCUUUGCUGUCAGUCUGCUUAUGGCAUAAACCAGAUAAACAUGCGAAACCCUUAUUUGGGUACCCCCACCUUUGCAGUCUUUGCACCUGAUGCCGUUCAUGCAGGUCUUCUGAUUUGAUCACGUGCAAAACAAACACUGACAAAAAUAGCACUUUGUCGGGAUGUACAGGCACUAAAAUUAAUCUCAAUAUUAUUGAUCGAGGUAAAAAAUGUGACGCAAACGUGCAGAAAAAUGAAUUAAAUGUGCCUGACUUGGAAAUUUUCUCAUGUCACACAGCUGUACAGCUCACAGCCAUGAACUCAUACAGGUGUUGUAACAACAGGACAGCUUGACUCAAACCAACCCAACCUGCAGCAAAUGCUUUCAACCAAACAUCUCGAUUAGUGGUUUAAUUACCCUGUGAUUAAUGUGCUUGUAUUUUUUAUGUUUGUGUGUGUGUGUGUGUUUCCAGCAGAGGGUUCUUUUUUAUAUUUAAUCUCAUACCGACAGGCUAUUCCUCCCAAACUAACAACUGUAACUGUAAAACGUGUGGUUAACUACUUCAUUUAUUUUAACUACAACUUAAAUGGUAACAUUCUGUAACAGGGUUGUCCAUGCCUGUUAUUCCACUUUUUCUCCCUCCUCUCUCAAGAGCAGUUAAACCAGCACUGGAUGCUUCAUGGGUACAAAUGAAUGCAUUUAUAACGUAUCCAAUCAAGCUUGAUUGUGACAGCAAGAAACCUGAUCAGAAUUCCCAUUUAGGUUAUCCUAAAUGUCUGAUGUAGCUACAUGGCUCAAAGUGGAUCAGGGUGUCUCUGAUAGCAUGUUGCUAGUUAAGCGGCGCACAGUUUGGUCACUAAGUGAGGCGCAGGGUGUAAAGAGAGUGCCUUGAUUAUUAAAAGUGUGUUCUUGGCGUAGAUUAAAGGAAGCCAAUCAAUGUGUCUGCCAUUGUGUCUAAAAACACAAGAAGAGUUGACUGUCUGAACUAUGCCAAUUCAUAGAUUGAUGCUUUAUCUACUGACACAAUCUCUCUGAACAGCAAAAAACGAUCAGGGACUUUCCAGAUCAACAGACACAUCAACAUGUAUGCAGUAGGCACAGCUGCAUGACUUCAUUAAUAAUUUACAACUCAGGGCAUUUGGUCGGUAAGGGACAAGAUCUAAUGAUAACCAACAUCCAGUGUGUGUAUGAUAAACUAAAGUAGGCUGUAAAUCUUAAAUCAUCAUGUCAACUGCGGACCCUGACUGUAUUCUGUUAAGUGUGUGUAAUGGGUACUGUUCAGUCUUCAUAUAUUUGAGGGCACGAUAGUUUGUAGAACACAGAGAGUAGUGUUGUUUUACACUGAAAAGAAAACCCUGGUAGUACCACCUUUGCUCUCUUUCCCAACUGUGACCACCAAGCUGAAGACUAAGGGACAGGAUUCUUAUCUUUUAAUGAAGAGGUACUUUCCCCAUCCUUGUCUUAUAUUAAGAGAUCCUUUUUAAACGGUGUGUUGAAAUACACACUUCUCAAAACUUCUUUUGGAGAGUUUGGGUUUUUGCGCAUUAAACGACCAAGUUCGGUCACCUGGCGGCUUGCAGCUUACUCUUCCUUUGUUAAUGAUCAUGGCUUGUUAGCUUUAGUGUUGUAUUCUGGAAAGAUGAGUUAGCAGCUUAAGUGAUUUCUACACCAAACUCUUUUUUUUUUACAAGCUCAUGAUGUACUGUACCAGCAGCAGCGAGUUUGUUAUACUACAAAUUUGUGUCAAUUCAACUUAAAUUUUGCCCGCAGCACAGUCUCUCUGUCUUCUUGGCUUGAAAACAACAACAACAGCAUGUCCAUUGUCUUGUCCGUUGUGUUUAUAUUCCAUUUAUUCAGCUUUUUUGUUUGUGCCUGUGAAACCAUCCAACCCAGCUGUGUUCCAACUAUCUUAUGAUGUUUCUUUUGUUGAUGCACGCUACACACAUCAAACACAGCUACAGAUGAGACGAUAAAAAAGAUGGAGCACAGCAAGAGUUUCAGAAUGCUUUUUCGGCAGAUUUUCCUCUGAAAUGCAUUCACAAUUGUGUGUUUUUUUUUCUUCUUAACUACCUAAUUUUCCCUUUAUCUACUCAACUUAAUCUCUUCUUCUCUCCAUGGAUCUGUCUGUAGUACAUUUGAAAGGUGAAUUAGAGGGAGAGUACAUGGCUCGGUGAGACCAGACCAGGACUGGUCCUUGCUGUGCAGGCAUUGUAUUGAUUGCAGAGUGAGUCACACCUCGGGCUGUUUAGUGCAGGAGGAGAGAAAUGCCACAUCACUCACUUCUCUAUUUAUUGCAGUUUCUCUUUAGGUCUAUAUAAGCGUCUAACUGUUCCUUAGCCUUCUGUGCGGUGGUUAUGAGAUGAUCAAUCUCAGCCGUAAAUACUCUUCCUAUUUUCUAUAUAACGGUAUUUUAUUCCACAAAUUUUCUGUGCAGUAAAUUCUGAAUUAAUUUGCAUGAAGAGUUCUGAUCCUUCAUGAACAAAUUAAUUUACCAGUAUGCCUCAGUUCUUGUGCUUUCUGCACCCUGCAUGUGUUUAUGAAGCCUGUAUAAGAGCAAUGUUCCUUGCACCCACAGCGUUUUCUCCAUGUCUGCAGUUUUGCCUUUCUCUGCAUAGCACAUGCAUUUUGAAGGAGGAUUGCUGAUGUAACUGUAGGUGUUAAAGAUUUGUAUGAAAAAGCGUAAGCCUUUCAACUAACCGUGCAAAGACAGAGUGAAAGGUUAAAGGUGGGGGAGAGAGCGCCCCAUGGGCCACUGUGCAGUAAGUGUAAAAGGUGUUUUUUUGUUUUUUCACCUCAACACUAAUCUAAAUGCAGGAAAUACAUGUCCUCAUGCUUUGUAAGAUUUUCCUUGAACUUAGUAACUGAGAGAUCAUGAGAGGCAUUUGGCUGAAUUUGCAUCCGUAUUUGGUGACACAUCAGCCAUAUCAACACCGUCUCCACCCUCCAUCUGCCCUGCACAGUUUCUCUGAUGGACCUGCCACUCAGUCCUGCUGCUGCUCUCUUCCCAAUGGUUUAUGUUAUGUCCUCUUGCAUCAAUUCAUCUUUCCUGCAAAGUCUGCGAAGGUUCUCAGGCAUCCAGAUCACGGUUAUUUAAAGUGUAAUCCAAAAGGAGGCUGGACUUGGUUUGAGUUUUUGUUUUCUCUUGGGUCGCGUUCACACCAGCCUUGUUUAGUCCAGCUGAACUGAACCCUGGAGCGUUUACCUCCUUGGUGCGGUUCAUUUUGGUUGGUGUGAACGCUGGCCUCAAACUCUGGUGCGGACCAGUCAACCGCUCUUGGGUCCGCCUGGUAGGGGUGAUCUCGGAGACCAGACCAUGGUCCGUUUGGUGCAUUUGUUCGAUCUGGACCACAGUUCGCUUGCAAGUUCAUACCACCCGCACCAUAGGAGUAAAGGGACCGUGGUCCUUUUAAAACAAACAGUCACCCUUAGUUCUGGAGACUGACACCAGAUCUACUGACAACAAAAUAUAAACUUCACUGAAUGAGAAUUACAUGGCGAACUUCUUUUCCCUAGAGACUUCCUCUGCUCCUCAGAUCCAUGGAGAUCCCAGGCAUUUCAAGCUCUUUGUGUUAUUAACACUCUGCUAACACCUGUGGGUUGCUGAGGUCAGAUAUGAGUCAUUGGUGGCAUUAGAGUCUUCAGAGUCACAAGACUCAAGGUAUGGUUUGGUGGUGUUGCUGCUGAUAAGUGGUGUGGCAGUGACUCAGAUUGACACAGAUGGCCUCCUCCGCUCCUCCUCCAAAUUAAAUCGAACGUGUCCAUUCCCACCCAAAUAAUUCCUCUUGUCCUUUGAAAGAAAGUACACAGUGAACUCUGGUUCAUUAGUCUUCUCUGAUUUUGGCCUGUACAUGAGUGGGCUACGUCCCUCUUAAUUUCAACACCCAAAUUACGACUCAUCAAAGAUCUGUCCCUUUAACCAAAGUACUUCAGCUGUUUCUGCAGCAUACUUUAAUCACUGUGGCUAACACUUACCCUCCAACAGUUCACAUUCACAGCUUAAUCGGACUAAGCUCGUAAUUCGGUUUGUUUGCCGAAUCAGACUUCUCUCCUUGUCUGCGUAUACAUGCAACUGAGAAACUCGAAUUAUUGACAUGAACGUGUCCUCGUCACCAAAAGUAGGGGGCGAUAUGGGUCUUUUCAGCACCGUUAUUUCCGUCCCCAUAUUACUGUCAACAACAACAGCAGGUCUGUGCCAGACGUCAAAAGUGUCUACAACUGCUGCUGGGCAUUUUCGAGCAAGAAGAUGGAGCAUCGUACAGCGUUGUUUUUGUCGUACAUGAUGUACGCGCUACUUUUUCUGCAGAUGAGGUGCACGCUUCUCCUCUUCUCUGGUGUUUUUGUACCGAAGUUACGGGGGCGUGGCACAGUCAUACUCCGACUACGCUGGUUACAUGGUAGAGAAAAUCGAAUUCCACUCGCAUUAUCUGAGUGUCUUAAUCAGAGUUCUCAGACUCCGAUUAUAGUCGGACUAAGGUGUUUACAUGCACUUGAGUUGUCCGGUCUUAAUCGGAGUAAGGCAAUAGUUCGGUUUUCCCGAGUGUCAUGUAAAUGUACUGACUGAUUUCUGACAACACUGUCUCUUUAUCCGGAUGAUCUGGUUUGCUUUUGUAGCUCGAACAGGGGCACCUGCAUUAAUUUUAGUCUGUUUCAAAACCAGCUUAAAAUUUCUCACAGGGUCUUUAGAAUAGAGUCGAGUGAAACUAAAUUAUUUGGAAAAUACAGUGUUUGUAGAAAUCGAAGAUUUGUGUUGUAAAUCUAAAAGAUGUGGAGAUCAAGUUGUUUUUUAAUGCUAACUCUGUUUUAAUUUUGACAUUGCAGCCACUCAAAAUGAAGUUAUAUAAUCGGCAUAUUUAAGAAGCUGCUACCAUCAUGUUUUCUGUUUAAAAACUUGUUUCAAUCAGAUCCACUCACUAUGACCAUUUUUUUGUCUUUAGGAGUGUUUCCUGCUGCUGUUGCAUAUAGACGCAAAGACCGACUCAAUCGACCUGCACACAUGGCCACCAAGACUUUCCAGGCUCUUCGAAUCUUCGUGAAUGAUGAGCUGAACGAACUUCACACAGGCCUUUGUGCCGCCCAGGCAGCUCUGAGACCCGGAGGCCGUCUCUGCGUCAUCACUUUUCAUUCACUAGAAGACAGACUGGUCAAACGUUUCCUCAGAGGAGAGGACUUGUCUAAUCUGGACCAUUAUCACUUUAGCCCGAGGAAGCAGGAAACAAUGAAGGGACGGUUUGUGGAUGAAAGGAAAGGUGGGGAAAGUCUUUUGUGGGUUCCCGUGAGAAAGAAGGUGAUCACUGCAGAAAAGGAAGAUGUAGAAGAGAAUCCCAGAGGACGAUCAGCUAAACUUAGGGCAGCAGUCAGGCGGUAAGGGGAUCUUGUUAAAAAAAAAAGAAGUUGUAUGAAUAACUUGGAAAUAAUAUUUGUAUUACCCAAUGGCUGAUGGCCAGCUCAGCCCCUUCACUAUGAAUCUGGAUGGAGAACCAGAACUGGAACUAGGCUAUCAAGCACUAAAAAAGGGGUCAGCUCUAGCUCAUCAUUUAGCUCAUUUCAAGAAAGUCUGACACAAACACUGGUGUCUGAGUCAGCGUACUCUCUUUUUAGACAUUCUUCAGCACUGAACUUUGCCUUUGCUAUUUGUUUUCGCACUCUUCUUGGAUGCAACACAUUUGUGUUUUUCUGCCUGCAGCACACUGAUCAGCUGUUUGGGUCAAUGAUGUAUGAGUCAAUUUGACUUUUGCCCAGCAUAUAUUGUGAAUUUUGAGUGUCUCGUUUUGAGAUGAUUUUAUGCAACAAAUGCUGAACAUUACCCUGCUGACACAGUAAUGGCAUAACAAUCGUUUGUUUACUUCUGCAGUUUUCCUCUUCAGCAGCUAACACAGGGUUUUUUUUGAUGAGGUAAGCAUGUGGUGUGGACCGUGGGCUGUGUUAUCAUGCAAUUAAAAACAGUGAUUAUCCCUUGAAUUAAAUAGAACAACUUUUAUUGUCUUUAUAUCAUUGAGGGUGUCUAAACUGUGUGUUUUAAAGCCCAUGUGGGAAGUUUUUAGACACCUAUGAAGUAAACUGAAAUUCCUAUUGAUGCCCUUUUCCAGAGGCAAACAAGACCAUCAGUAACAUGACUGAAGGUUUUUAAUUCUUAAUUUUUAAUGCAUGAUACCAGCGGGAUGGGGGAGGUGGAUGGCGGCCAUAGACUGCUAGAACAGCACCCUCUGGUGACGGGCUGCAGUAUAGGUCAUAAUUCCCGCCUCCGCCAGCCAUCCUCGUGGAGCUGUAGACAAACUUUAGAAAUUUAUUGCACAGAAUAUAAUUUUUUCUCCCCCCUGCUUGUGAUGUUGACAUUUAGUUACUGUGAGACUAGUUUGUGCUCAAGUCCUCUUUUUUCUGUGCAGCUCCAUUUUUAAAAGUUAUUCGGGGGUUCAUGUUUUCUUUGAUUGACACUUGAUACAGCCUAUGGGCGUAUGAAGAUUGAGUAGCUCACCCGGGGGAUACGCUGUUUGAGCCAAGCGUCAUUUCUCCCGCUGAAUGCGUACAGUGCUACUGCGCAAUGUUGAUUUCAGUAAGUGGAGAAAAAACACGGAAUUACAAAGAGCUUUUUGGCUUCAAAUCCAUUUACUAGCGGAAGGCGGAGCCAAGUUGUCCAUAGUAUAUACAGUCUAAGCUUCAAACAUACACUUGCACUGGGAGAAGUAUCAAAAAGCAGUGAGUUUGGAAAUGCCAUGUAGACACUUUUUUUCUCGCCCGCUAGCAGGGGGGCAACUCAGUGAGUUACAAAAACGAGUCGGAUUGUAUGAAAACAAGUGAAAACAAGAAAAAAAAAAUCUUGUUUGAUUAUUUAUGUAAGUGAACAUUUUCUGAUGUUCCCAGUCUUUACAUAUUUUUCAAGAACAACAUUUUUUUUUAUUUUUAUAAUAUAGGGGUGAGGCAGGGUAGGCUUUGGGGUCUCGCCACCUGUGAUUAGCAAGUCAAUUUAUUCUUAAGGGUUAGGGUUUCUGUAUUAAUCUAUUUUUUUCUCAUGUAAAGGGAAAUAAUAAAUUUCUGGCAACAUGAAGAAUGUGGCAUGAAUUGGCAGGUAGACAGAAAACUGGAAUAUUUUAGAUAUAACAUAACUUGACAUGUUCUGUGAGAUGCAAGAGACACUGCAACACCAUGAUAAAAGUAAAGCUUGUUCUAUCGAUUAAAAAAGGGACCUAAAAUGAAACAUUUACAUAAAGGGGUAAAUCAUUUUUUUGGGUUGUAAAUCAGUCUGAAGAUCGCUCCAAGCAUCGGUAAAGAUAACCAAAAAGCUUUUUUCCCCAUUUCAGUGGAAACAAUAAUAUGUACAAUGUCUUAAAUGAAGGGUUGUGAUCUUAAUCCUUUUAAGUGACAAAAAUAGAGGAAAUGUGUGUCUAAUUUUAAUCAUAAAAGCUACGAGUCAAGUGAGAGCACACGCUUAUAUCAGUGAGGAAAUCCACAGAAACGGCUUCUAUACGCUUAAAUCUGUGUGUUAUAAUAGGAUCCCUGAUUGACUGGAUUACAAGUGGUUCACACUGUAUGAUGCAUUUAUUGCAGCUAAAAAAAGGCUCAACUUAUGAAACAUAUAAAAAAAAAAAUCACCUUUUCUCAUUGACGUCGCUAUUCUUUCUGAGCAUCCCCUGAUGAGCAGCUCUACUGUACCAAGUGAAUCAGUUAUGCCAGUAAAUACUGAAUGACGCAGGUGUCAAAAGUGGUGCUGAAUGAGCAGGCUGCUCGUUCUUGAGCAAUCUUUCACCUUCGACUGGAAGCAGAUGAGGUGUUUUGAUCUUUACUAUUUGACUUCGACUAAUUACUCCUUCAACAUUAUCAACACUUUCUUCCAUCUGUCUUAGUUUAGUACGCUCUAAAUAUACCCUCCAAUUUACCUUGGAAACUAAACACUGAAUGUAACAUUUAACUGUCUCACAUAUGAGUCAUUUUCAUUUAAUAUAAAGUGACGCCACAGCAGCUAGAGUGUUGAAGUCUCUUUUUGACAUCAGUCAAGAGGUAGAGCGGUCGUCCAAUAACUGGGAGGUUGGUGGUUCGAUUCCCCCCCUAUUCCUAGUCUGACCGUUGUGUCCUUGGGCAAGACACUUUAAGGUGGGGUAGGCAGGAUCUGAGGAAGUGACAGUUUUUAGGAGAAAUCUUGAAUGUAAACUCUACCCCUCCCAACCAGUUUUCCCCUCAGCUCCUCCUCUCCACUCUCUGUUCCAACAAGCCCUGCACACAAACAGACACUCCUGCUCGCUUGUAUCGUUUCAAUUAAAUUCAGAUAUAAUGCAGAUAAAUACUUAAGCUAAUUAUAAAUGGGGCCCAGUCAACGUGAAAGUAAAAAGCAUUGGUGCUACUGUACAUGUCAACAGACUACCAGCAAACACAAUGUUUGCAGGACUUCUACAACUAGGAUAAAGUGACAUAGUCCAGGACCCGAGGUCAACAGUUUAGCGGCGCUACAAAACGCAGCAGGUUUGACAAGAAACACUUCUAUUACAGACACUUGUCUUACUUUGUUAAAGCGGUUUACCUGUCCAGCAGAAAGGUUACAGGGUCUGUAAGACCCUGAAGCGUCCCCCAUCGACCCGGCUUCUUAGCUCUUGUCCGGUCUACCUCCUUUUAAAGCACCCGCUAUUCCGCCAGAGUCUCCGGUAUUUACUUUGUUUUCUUGCUUGUGUUGGCAGUCGUGGCUAAAGGAGGAUUCAGACAAUUUUCCGUACUUUUUAGUUGCUUUCUACUGUCCGAUAUUGUAGCACGCUAACUUUGUUUGGGCUCGUGAAUGUUGUUCCAGGACAUGGAGUUUGCUUCACAACACGAGGGAGCAGCGUCUACCUCAAACCCAAUCAGGUCGCGGGGUUGGAGAAUGGCUUUGUUUACAGUCAGAAUGAGCGGCUCGCUCAAAAAUUUUAAAAUGUGGACUACAGAGGCAUAACAGAACACAGCAAUAUCGUGAUAUUUCCAAAUGUCAUCAAUAACUGAUAGCUAUUGACUGAUAUUAAAAGCUUUCUUUGUAUGCACACCACAAAAAAGAUGCUUCUACUAAGGUAGUUUACCACCACCAGGGUGUGACUGUGUGAGCGAAUGAAUGAUGCAUCCGAUGUAAAGCACUUUAAUGGUCUCUGAAAACGCGCUAUAAAAUCUGAUGCAUUAUUAUUAUUUAGUUAAUUAGAUGCCUCGAUUGUAUUUUAUCACCACACAGUACAUAUCAGGAGGUGAGUGUGUUACUCAUCACCACACUCUACACUGAUGCGUAACAGGGUUCAUAUAUCAUUAGAAACUAAUAGACAUACAUGACAGAUGAUUACUUCUUAAAGUCAAGUAACAUGUUUGUGAUCUCCGUGAAGCCAGUCUUUAUAUAUCUCACUGAAAAUCAAAUGUGAGAGCAGGACUUGUUGCAAACAGACAUUUCAAAGCUGUUUUUCACUCCUCAGCUGAGUCAGAGGGUGAAAAAAUGAAAACAUGCGCUGGAUUUCACCAUGUUCACAACAUAAUUGAGAAGCCAGUUAGUUGCCAUUAAGGUUUCUUGGAAAUAAAUGAUACACAAUUAAAGGUC